CUCCUUAUUGCAAUAAUCCCUCUCGGUUUUCUCUUAGCCAUCCUAUCUGGAAGUACAACAGCUCUUCCUGACAUUGGUAAAUGUACAUUUAUGGAAUAUUUCUGUGAUGCCAUGAAAUGCCAAACGGACUUUUUUAAAACACUCCAGAAAGACCCUAAUGGAGAUUGCAGGUACAGAACAAUUGUUCGUGACGUAAAAAAGAUGUCCGUAACUGGAGCCACUGGCAGCUUCCGGGAAUGUGAAAAUACAGAGUUUGUAACCCUUAGUCCCAAUAUCCACAUAUAAAUUCUCCAUUCUGAUCUUCAUACACUUCCUUAAAGAAUUAGUUGAGAGAGUUUGAUAAGAGAUCAGAGCAUUUUCUCUUUAUUGAUCAUUUUAUCAACUCUCAUAACCAUUUCUCUUGGCAACAUAUGGAUAAUGUUAGGAGAAAAUUGAUGUUGGUGACCAUUGGUUAAAGGAAUUGUCCACCUACCCAAGUGUGCGUACCCAAGUGUGCGAGAGAUUCCACUGUUCCACUGCGCAUGUACACCUCUUGCAGUCCAGCUUUUCUGAAACCUAUCUCCUCAAUACGUUCCAUAACAUGCCCUAAUUCCUGUCUGCACGGCAAUUUUUUUUUCUUUCUGAGCUUUUUGAGCAAGUGGGAUGACAUUUCACGGGCGAAAUUCGAGAGAGAAACCAACUGGAAGCAGUCUACUUUAUUGUAAGAGAUCGGGAUCCGUCUUUUAAGCGAAGAUACCUAAACAACUGUUUUUCAUUUGUUUGCCCAAUUGUUUUUCAACGUCUUCGGUGCUUUCCUACGCACAUGACGUACAUGUUACUACAGUUAAGUUAAGUGAGUUUACGUUGUGUUUCAGUUAUACAGAGACUGAUCUCUGUAAUAGGAGGUUUUGAGGUUCCAGUUGUGUUUAAAGGCAUUCGUGGGAUGGGAUGGUAUGGGAUAUCGGUCCAAUUCAAAGUAGACGACAAGUACAAACGGAUUAAGGAAUGCAGAGCAGGCGCUCAUAACAUGUAAAUGUCUCCCAUUAAUUCUGGACAAGAUGCAUGAAUUUUCCUGUUUUCGUCCUUAGUGCCAAAUUCGAGAGAUUGAUUGGUUGUGUGAAAAGGACUGUGCAUAUUUGUGCUGGACAUGUUUUAUCUCAAAGUCGCAUCGAAAGCAUUAUACGCAAGCAUUUCAAAGAAAAUGUCAUGUGUUUAAAAGGUGGAUGGGCGGUUCCAGCUAUGCCUUCGGUGGGGUCACCAUGUAGCAGCUCGUAUACCACUGAUGCAGCCAAUUGUUUGAGAACCUUCCAUCAUAAAUUCGCUGCAGACAAGUCGGAUCCAGAUCUUUGCUCGUAAGUUGAAUCAUUAAACAAAUAAUUUAAAGUCUUCCUAGUUAGCUACGUGCCAAGAACAGUUCACUAUACUUAACUCCCAUAUUAACUAUGACUCUUUAGGGUGUGGAGUCAAUCAGUGGUGCGCUUGCAAAUAGCUUAGAGGUUCGCCAUGCUUAAAGUCAUAAAUAUUAUCCUUUUUUUCCCGACCUUCAGCUAGUGUCCUCUCAUUCCACCACCCAGUAAUGCAUGUUCCCCGGCCUUUUCCUUCGGAAUUUCAGGGACGGCGAGCUUGUCGAAUCUCACCAGUUUCAAUUUGCAGUAGAUCGAUAGGGGAAAGUCACUGGACGAGAAAAUGGAUUUGCACAAAUUUGCUCCUUGCAAAUAAAGGCAAAGAUGGUAAAUGACACAUUUUGCAUAAUAAUAUUACCAGAAAACAAGGGGGUUUUAAAUAACUAGGCAAAUGUGGCUUUUACCAUCUUUGCCUCAGAUUUACUAUUCUGAUUUCAAAAUUUUGCGACGACAUAUUUGCCGGAAGGAAGGGUAAGACGAAAUUGAGGAACUGAUCCUACUGAUGGCUAAAAAUGAGCAAUGAUUAAUAUCUUUCAAUUUUUUUAAAUAUCUAAAUUUAAAGGAAUCAAUGAUUAAUUUCGUGUAGCUUUUGCAAUACUGUAAUAGUCUGUUAUAGUCGUGCAAAUAAAGCUUAUUGUUGUUGUUGACAAAGUGGAUUGAAUCCUCCUUCCUCCCCAAUUUUCUCCCCCCCCACCCUACCAACCCUUGUCUCCUCUUCGCCACUUCAGUCCGCCUUCUACCAUCAAAAAAUCCUGACAUAGUUUGUCUCUUUUCAUUUCGACAGGGAAAAUGCCAAGGCAAAGAAGUGCCUAAAGGACCUGUCACGGUCGGCUUGUACAUUUUCAUCUUCUACCCAGGAAUUAAUAGAUUUGAGCUACAAUGACUACAAUCCUUUCUGCAAAAAUAAUCGAGAUCCUGAAGCAACAGGAAAUGACCAAUGUUAUGGUGUGAAGAAACUCAACAAUCCUCUUCAUUCCUUUCAUUCUACCAAAUCUACCACUCCCCCCAUUUUUCAUACUUCCAUCUUUUCCCCCACUUUCACUAUUUCUCAGUUCCUUACGUCCACCAUUUCCCCAGUCACUUCAGCAGCCCCUAAAGUGAAAAAUGGUAUUUUUCAGGUUCUACUAAUUUUUCCUUUGUUGAUGUUACUCUUGAGCUAAAGUAUAAUUUAAAUGGUUCAUGGGAACCUUUGACAACCAGGACGACGGCGGCAACGAGAACAUUAAAGAGAAUACACUCUUUAUUUCUUCAAGAUUAAUGCCAACUUAUUUCUAUUUCUUAAUGUAGAGGAAUUUUUUAAGGUUAUAUUUUUGUGGAUCUUUCGUAUUAUGUAAAUUUCAAUGCCGUAGUUGAGCAAUCAGGGCAGUGCCUCAGACAGUAUCAGUAGCUUCUUUUCUUUUCCACGUUUCGUCUUUUUUUUUUUUCUGCCUUAUCGUUGUGGUUGCUAAGGAUUCCCUCAGUCUAAUCAAACGUUUCCUAUUAGCGAAAAACGAACAGUAGAACACUUUUUCAGAUAGAAGACAGUGAAAAAAUUGAAGUGCAUAUAUAUCUUGCAUAUAUAUCUUUUUUCAAGGGUUAUAAUGGUAAUCAAUGGCAGUUACCAACGAAGUAAGAAUGCCAAACAAUAAAGCUGAAACUGAAACUGACUAUUUGAUAACUACUACUGUGUUGCAAGUCAUCAUUUCCUUGAAACUUAGAUGCAAAGGAGAUAAAAACGAAGUUGACGUUAAGGUAGUAAAUAAAUGUGUAAUAUUCAUUAAAUAAAAUAAUUUAGGCUAGCUGUGAGCAUUCACCAAAUUAAAGCGUUAGAGUGCUUAGUUAUGAUCACAUCGCUUCUUUAUCAAGGCUAACAGGCUCAGCUGACCCUCAGGGUUUUUCAUAGGGGUCCACCGUGAAACAUUAAAGACCGGGGGUGUGUUUCCCCUUCGUUCAUCACUGUGUUUUGCCACCGUUAGAGAGCGCCAGUUCCCUUACAAUUUUCUGCUUUUAAGCCGGUAUUUUUAUGGCUGCUCUGUGAGUAAGUCACUUAUAACAAAGUCAUAGACCUUUGUCACGCAGCGGCCAUUUUGUCUCAGGAGAUUAAAAAAGCUUCUUUUUGGCACGGUUGGCCUUGCAGUAAAAAUGAGGCUAGCCGUGCAAAUACAAAGCUCUUUUAAGAAACGGUCCAGAUAAGAACGACAGCAACAACGGCAACGAACAUGUUGGAAUGCAAAAAAGGUGCUAACUUUUCUAUUGUCUGUACUUACUUCUGAUUGGCUUAAACAGCAAAAGUUAACAAAACUUCAUAAAGCGGUACAUAAUUCAUCCUUACUUUCCAACCAUCUUCCAUAUAACAAAAUCUGGUCUCAGUUUGAAUAACAAAGAAAUUCUAUGUGGGGAACAUGUAAAAUUGUAAACUUUUCUUGGCUAUUGUUUUCAACUCUUGUGAUUGGACAAAAUCUUUCAACACCAAAAAACACCCUUUCAAAGUGGAGUCUAAAUGCAUGCAUUUUAUUGCGUAAACGGCCUUCAUGUAGGUUUAUGCAUUCUCUGUGCAAAAAUGAGAACAUUCCUAUGUGGGGAAAGCACCGUUGCCGCAUAACAAAAGAAAUUGCUAUCCACCUUACCCGGAUCAUUACUUACUAUCUUGGAACAAAAUGGCCGCCGCGUGACAAAGUUCUAUUGGCUAAAAAUCGUCGUUGCGAAUCGUCUCAUGUAACGUCACCUUUAUAGGUCCAGGACGAUCUUAACCGAUUCUAACGACGAUUGUGGAGAACGGCUAGUGCUAAAACUUUUGGAUUCUUUAUUUUCGAAUCCCUCAUAAUAUACUCUUUUUGGCCUACAAAUUUUGCAUAAAUCAUAUCGCAAAUGCUCCUGGGAGGACUCCCGGGAGGACUGCAUAUUCCCAAAUUAAAAGGAUUUGGAAACAGUCACUGUGAAAAUUUGAGAGGCAAAGAAAGCGUAACCUUUGUUUGCAACAACGUGACAAGGAGGCUAUGUUGGUUUACAAGAAUUCGCAAGAUAAAAGAGUUUAGAUCCAAUUGGAUUGAAACACUUUAUUAUUGUCAACUAAUAUGGCCGCAGUGACGUAACUGACUACAACGUCGAUGUCAACAGGAACGUCUCAUGGGCAAUAGGCCCUUUGCAGCUUGCCAUUCUCCUGAUACAAAAUCGCCAUGCUGGGACGCAAACGUCGCACUGGGACAAACAAAAAUUAUGUAUGCCUUUGGUUGGUAUUGUCCCAGUGCGACUUUUGCGUCCCAGCAUGGCGGUUUUGUACCACGUGAAUGGCACGCUGUAAAGGGCCUAUAACUGAAUUUUAUGUAAAACAACAACUCUGCACGUGCAGCACAUUUUUUUGCACAUUUCUUUGCCGUCACUGUACGACUACGACGUGAAAUUACCAAGCCUAAAAAAAAGUUCCACAUUUUGGGUAAACGUGAACGAAUGGUGACGAAACUUCUCUCUUUCUCUUACUUUCAACUUGGAUAUGGUUCCAAGGAAUUCAACUCCAGAAGAGUUCGCUUGCAUAAGACAAAGGAGGUGAGUUGGAAUAAUUGCAAUAGAGAUUGAAAAACUGCGAGUUUCACCUUGCAAGAGAUAUUUUCCCCGUCGUCGCCGUCGUGGUAUCUUAAACUCCCUUCUUCAUGAUAUGGAGGGAUUAAAGAAGAGUAGUCGAUUGGUCCUUUAGUUUUAUGGCGAAUUUGGGCGAUGCUUUGUGAUGCGAGAGCGAUUUGAGAGUCGAGGUUGGACAUAGUAACCUGCCUCGCCUCACUAAAUGUAGAAAAACAAGAACGAACUAACAACGUGCCGCAAAACCCCGCAAGUGGUCAAGAAAUGAUCCCAGGUUACACAGAAAAAACAACAAUUAACACAAGUUCAGGUAAAUGUAGUUUAUUUCUACAUUUAUGCCCAUAGUUUUAAGAUUUGACAACUACGUAUAUACUGAUUUCUCUUAUAAAGAUUUUAUACAUUGUUUGUAAUAUCCAAAACAGUAUCAACAUAUCCUGUAAUUUAGCCUGUUCCAGGGGUGAACCGCGGUGGACACAACCAAUCAACCAAAACUCAUUUCGAUUCCUGCGUAAAAAUUUAAAAAAAAAAAAGAAAGCUACUUAGAUUUAUUUAGGGCUUUACAAGUAACGAGCAACUCAACCCCCUCUCAUUGAAGUGCCUUAGGUAGAUCGGUAGGGGUAUGGGUAACACGAGCGUCUGAUAUUUUUAACGCGUUUCAUUUCAUUUUUGAUCAAAAUAAAAAGCUUUUAUGAGGUUUAUACUCGGAAUAUCCCUUAUUUAUGGCUUUGUAGAACAAUUUGCUACCAGUGGGAGUCAUUUUCGCCUAUUCGAUACUAGGAAAAUGAUUAUUUUCAUAGGCAGAGCUCCGUCCGGCUGUGUUGAGAACGCAUGGAACAACGCAAUGUUACGCGAUAAUUACUGCCUUUAUUGUUGUGCAAAGAGUGUUUUAACUGUAAGAUAAUUUUCUCAUUGAUUGAAACAAAGAUCUGAGCAUGAAGUGACAACUAUAAAUCGCACUGGAUCUUAAUGAACAUCGGCAACAAGCAAAACAGUUGAAAAAAGAUCAAAGAUAUAGCAAUUUGGCCGCUACUUGUGUAUGUGUAUUAUAAAACAGGGACGUCUAUAAUUUUCAACACAUUCCUUUGUUUAGCAAGAAAAUGUCGCACGAAAUUAAUAGAGCUUUUCGACGUCUUUAUUAGGGUACUUUUUGUAACACAAAAUUGCCUCCAGUGGAAGUUGUGCUCGGCCUGUUUUUUUCCUAAACAAGAGAUGUACGAUCAGGAGCGCCACAUUAAAUUUGGCGGGCAUUUAGGAGGUUUUGGCGCCGAUAUGUUCGAAGCAGAAAUAAAUUAAUUAAAGGAAAAAAAUCGAACACUGUGCUUACCUUCCAGGAGUCUUACGAUUAAUCAAGUCAUUAUACAAACCAGAAUUAAUGUGUCGUAAGGUAAACCCACUGAUCUAAGGCUGAAUUGGCCUCGCAUUUGAACCAAUGUGAAGAAGGAAGGCUGGCCAUCUCCGGUUAUCAGAAGAGAAGCUUGAAUCCUCCUAACCUGUCCGAUCUGUUUAAAUGUUCUUCCAAAUACCAAUCGCUUCUAAGGGAAACGAUUUUGAUCUCGAAUCAACCCAGAAAUUCUAGACCAGGAAACGGCAAAAAAGUAACUCACAUAUACUCCAUACAAUGAUGGCUUGAUCGGGCUGAUCCGAUCCGGAGAAUAGUUGAAAAGACCGCGCUCGACUUUAUUUACAUGUAUUUACCCCGCCUAGUAUUGUUUUAACCAUAUUAACAGACAGUUGCGAAAUUUAGAAUUGUUUCAUCGCCUCUGUGAAGCUCACUACCGAUGACACCUAAUGUGACCCCUGCUAACAUGCACGAGAUCGGAGGUAAAAUUCUAACAGGAAAUUGAGCAUAGCAACCGUCACUCAAGAUAAUUAGUAAAGGGACUUUACGCGGCUCCUCAUGCAUGACGCUGAAGCGCACUGUUUAAUUUGGAAGCAUGUAACGGGUAUCGUUACAGCAUCUUUGCACGGGCCAUACCAUGAACAUCGCCAAUAUAGAGUGCUAAAAGCAGUUUCUUAGACAAUGCAAAUCUUUCUAAUGAAAAGAAUUCUAAGCUGAAUAAAACCUAAGUCACGCUUUGAGAAAUUUUCGUUCCCCGAGCCUCCCAACAUUUUUAACUAGCGAGAAACCUUUUCUUUUCGAUAACCACGCGGCCAAAUUUGAAAGACAAGUGUUGUGAGUCGCCCAAUCACUUCAAAGUUUAUUGUUCGCAAGCUAAGUUUAGUAAUUUACGCCACACCUUGCAUCAUUUUAUCUCUUGGUGUCACAAGUUGCUGCUUUCAAAUCGGUCGCAGCGACAGGUCAGGAAAACCCCACAGCAAAUUCAUCAGAGAAGAUAAGAAAUGCAUCUUAAAAGCCUUCUUUUCGUGCUUGGUAAGUCAAACUGUAUUUUAAUACCACUUGCUUUUUUUUCGCUAUGGGCGCCCGGCUUGAGUGCGAGCUUCGUGCUCAAACACACUGAAAUGAAGGUGUGAAUGAUAAUAGGAAGCCGUGCGCAUUGCAUUAAUAACUCUGAAGUAUGAAACCUUCUACUUUCCCUGACGAUUCGAGCUGUUUCAUUACAGAUUGCUUGUUUAUAGCACACUGUGUGCAGUAGCUCAUUGCUCGCUUGUAAGCAUUGCGUGGCCCAAUAUUCCUACAUCCUUGCCAGCGAAAAAUGUUUCCAUCUAGCAACCCAGCCACUAAAAAGGCGUGCAAAUCAGCUUUUUUUCUCAGUGUUUUAACGCUAUAGUACCACAGACCGGGGAUUGUUGGAAGAAACAAGCCAGUGUUGAGUAUUCUUUACGUAUUGCACGAAAUGGCCGAAAAUUGUUGUAAGUUAAAACAUGAUCAAAUCAAAUCAAAUCAAAUCACUGGUUUAUUGUCCCUUUUGCAGGUCGGAAGGCUGAAUUGUAGGAUACCUUAAAAGCUGUGAUAUAUAUACUAAGACCCUACAUUUAUUGACAAGAUUAAUAUUUAACACUAACAAAAUUUGAGAAACGUUCAGUCCUUGUGGCCAUGGGCCUGCGUGCUAGAACUCUCUGAUCUUAGACACACACUGGUAGAUAUAGGUACCACGCUGUUGUGUAUUAGUGGGUAUAAUCGGUUACCCGGCCGAACCUUAACUAUAAAUUUAAUACACGAGACUGCCCGACGGUUAGAAAGAGUGGAUAGUGCAGCUUUGCCAAGUGUUGUUUCAUACGAAAAUUAAUAUCAGGCCAAAUGAGCGAAAGGCCCCUUUUUGCACGUCGAUAAUCACGGUAAAUUUCGCAGAACAGCAUUUGUCAAGAUACUUUUACUCUUUUUGGCUGUUACUGAUCAUCAAAGAAAAAAAAUAAGUAUUCGUUAAUUUCAGAUGUGUGAAUUUCAACUCUUAAAUCGAUCACACCUGGAUGCGGAUGCGAAUGCACUAGUGCAGAUCGAAAGAUCAUAGCAGGGCGCUGAAACCGCAGAAUGCAGAAAUAAGUUGAAAGGGCUAACUCGUGAUAAGCCCACUUUUUUGGUCAAAGUUCAGCGGGGCUAGAAAUAUAAACAAGUAUUCUCAGUCAUCUUUUGUCAUGCUCGGAACUCUAAAACAAACGCAAUCAUUUGUUUCUACCAAAGGGAGAACAAAGUUUAAAUCUGUUUCCAUCCCGCGGGCCACAGACAAUACGGUUACUGUUAAGGUGAAGUUUUAGCGUAAUUUUGAAUAAAACUGAACCGGCCAUAUAUUCAGGGUUUUUAUUGUAUUCCAAUGUGUCUCUUGGGUUUGCAAGUAAUAUCUGUAUAGAGUGUUGGAAGCAGUUUCUUAGACAAUUUAAAUUUUUCUAAUGAAAAGAAUUGUUAGCUGAAUAUCAUCUAGGUCACGCCUUCAGAGAUUUUCGUCCCCACAGCCCCUCAGCUUUUUUAACGAGCGAGUAAUUAACCUUUUCUUUUCCAACCACGCGGCCAAAAAAAAACGAUACGUGCUGCAUGGGAAGGAGUGCGGUUUAAAAAGAGAAGUCAGCCAUGUCGGCCCAAUAUUGUGAGUCGCCCAAUCAUUUCAAAGUUUUUUAUUUCGCAUGACAAGUAAUCAGUAGUUUUACGCCACACCUUGCAUCAUUUUAUCUUUUGGUUGCACAAGUUGCUUUCAAAUCAGUCGCAGGGACAGGUCAGGAAAACCCCACAGCAAAUUCAUCAGAGAAGAUAAGAAAUGUAUCUUAAAAGCCUUCUUUUCGUGCUUGGUAAGACAAACUGUAUUUACCACUUGCUUUUUUUUGCCAUGGGCGCCCAGCUUGAGUGCGAGCUUCAUGCUCAAACACGUGGAAAUGAAGAUGUGAAUGAUAAUAGAAAGCCUUGCGCACUGCAUUCACUUAUGAAGUAUGAAACCUUCUGCUUUCCCUGACUAUCCGAGUUAUUUCAUUACAGAUUGCCUGUUUAUAGCACACUGUGUGCAGUAGCUCAUUGCUCGCUUGUGGGCAUUGCGUGGCCCAAUAUUCCUACAUGCUUGCCAGCGAAAAAUUCCUCCAUCUGGCAACCCAGUGCCACUAAAAAGGCAUGCAAAUCAGCUUGUUUUUCUCAGUGUUUUAACGCUAUAGUACCACAGACCGGGGAUUGUUGGAAUAAACAAGCCAGUGUUGAGUAUUCUUUACGUAUUGCACGACAUGGCCGAAAAUCGUUGUAAGUUAAUGCAUGAUCAAAUCAAAUCACUGGUUUAUUGUCCCUUUUGCAGGUCGGAAGGCUGAAUUGUAGGAUACCUUAAAAGCUGUGAUAUAUAAACUAAGAUUUAUACUUAGAUUUAUAUAUACUACAUUUAUUGACAAGAUUAAUAUUAAGUUAACACUAACAAAAUUUGAGAAACGUUCAGUCCUUGUGGCCAUGGGCCUGCAUGCUAGAACUCCCUGAUCUUAGACACACACUGGUAGAUAUAGGUACCACUCUGUUGUGUAUUAGUGGGUAUAAUCGGUUACCUGGCCGAAUAUAAAAAAUAAGUAAUCGUUAAUUUCAGAUGUGUGAAUUUCAACUCUUAAAUCGAUCACACCUGGAUGCGGAUGCGAAUGCACUAGUGCAGAUCAUAGUUAAUGGAGGUGACUGGUUAUGAAGCCCGGCAAACAUCAAAGGAGCAAACAAAGAUGCCAAGAUUUAUGUUAGCACGACCCUGCACAAUCUUUUGUUUUGCGUUCAUACGUUAUGCAUGAAUUACGUAACCAGCACGUUUCUAUUGGUUAGUUCCUCAGUACGGAGUAAACAACUAUUGUGUUUUGUGCAGGGUCAAGGCCAAAAAAGAGAACAAAAACAUACAACAAAGAACUUUGUCGGGUUUCAUAGCCAUUCCCUCUAUUAACUAUGUGCAGAUCGAAAGAUCAUAGGAGGACACUGAAGCCGCGGGAUGCGGAAACAAGCUAACACGGCUGAGUCAUGAUGAGCGCGCUUUUUUUGGUCAAAGUUAAGCGGGGCUAGAAAUAUAACCAAGUAUUCUCAGUCAUCUUUUGUCAUGCUCGGAACUCUAACAAACGCUAUCAUAUGUUUCUACCAAAGAGAGAACAAAGUUUAAAUCUGUUUCGUUCCCGGCCACGGACACACGCUUACAGUUGAGAUGAAGUAGUAUGGUAAUUUUGAAUAAAACUGAACCAUAUAUUCAGGGUUUUAAUAUUAUUCCAAUGAGUUUCUUGGGUUUGCAAGUAAUAUCAACACAUCUUGGCAUAACUCCUGUUAGUCACUAAAAUGGCUAUGGUCAAAAUCAAGGAGAAGUUCAAAUACCCCUCUAUGCGUAAAGCUGUGCCUGAGCAUGAAGCAUUUAAAGUACGUUAUUUUACAGCCAGCAGCGGGAGCGUUUAUUUCCCGGUUUAUACUAAUACGUGAGAAAUUUCUGUAGUUUAACUGGCUUGGAGCAGUGGUAUUUUAGCUUAAUUUGAAAUACCUACAUGUAAAAAUUACACACGUUUUGUGGGUAGUAGUAUGAACAAAUAAUAGCAUGAUUUGUACGUGAUUUUUGGCAUAAAUGCCACGAGUGAAACUUCAAAAUUGAAAUAUGCCAUGGACAACGCCAUCUGUAUAUAUAGAGUGUUGGAAGCCGCCUCUUAGACAAUUUAAAUCUUUGUAAUGAAAAGAAUUAUUAGCUGAAUAGAACCUCGACGGUCACGCUUUGAGAGAUUCUCGAACCCAGAGCCCCUCGGCUUUUAUAUAACGAGCGAUGAAAACCUCUUGUUUUCCAUAACCACGCGACCAAAUAACGAAAAGAAAAGUUCGGGAAACGAGCGUGGUUUAAAAAUAGAAAUUGGCCCAAUUUAGUAAUUCGUCCAAUCAAAAUUCAAACUGGAUUGUUCCGCGCGCCACACUCAGAGGACAGAUAUAACAGAAGUUUACCGCCACAUCUUGCAUCAUUUUAUCUUCACUGGUUGCUUAAGUUGCUCUCAAAUCGGUUCCUGGGACAGGUCAGGAAAAAGCCACAAAAAAAUCAUCAGAGAAGCUUACUAGAAAUGCAUGUUAAAAGCCUUCUUUUUCGUGCUUGGUAAGUCCACUUGUUUUCACCACUCGCUGCUACCUUGAACUCGAUUGCUAGCUUUUAUGCCUAGGCGCGCCGAAAUGACUGAAACGAAAGUGUGAGAGAUAUAAGAGCUUGAAACAUUUCUAUAAAGGCACUUAUAUGCCGCGUUGAAUUCCCUCAGGAAAUAUGGAACCUUUCGCUUCCCCUAGCAUUCGCAGAUUAUUACCUGUUUAGAACAUGUACACUGCGUGUUCAGUAGCUCAUUGCUCACUGGUGAGCACUGCGUGUCCCAAUAUUCCUACAUGUUUGCAAGGGAAAACUUUUUUCCAUCUAGCAACCCAGUGCCACUAUUAAAAAAGGCAUGCAAAUCAGUGUCUUGUCUCAGCGUUUUAACGCUAUAGUACCACUGACCCGGGAUUGUUUGAUUGUUUGAUUGUUUGUUUUUAUAGCGGAGGGGUGGCUGUACGCACUCAGGCUACCAUAAAACCUUGCCGAGUGGUUUACGAGCAACUCGCUCAGCGCUUAGCGUACGGGUACCAGGUAUCUGACUUUACAUCUUGGUGUUCUUUAUUGACCCCUCUAUUCUUCACAGCAACUCAUACGUUUUGUCUACAACGUCACUUAACGAAUACAGCUCAACUACAAACAGUACACCCUACAACCAACAAUCGAUCAAUUAUCUGCGCCAAAUUAAGUGUUGGCAACUUAAAUAACCUGAAUGUAGGUCAGUACUUUCGGGCUUGCUGACUAUGAGAGUUACAAAUAAAACUGUCAUUUCGAAUGACUUGUUAAUAAACCAAUUUCCUGUUGAUAAAUAAAGUGGAAUAAACAAACCUAUAAGGUUAAUAAUGUAAGAACCAAUGUAAGCGCGACAGCUAAACCAAUGAGACUCUACUUUAAACCAAAACAGCAACUCCGAUAUGUAGGUAACAAUCAAGGUCAGCGAUGGUCCCAAACCGCGCCUACUUGAAGGACUGACACUCAAUUUUAAUAAAUGACGGACGUUCAUGGUAAAAAAAAACUAUUUCAAAGGUAAUGGAAUUUGAAAACCUGUCGAUACAAAUACAGAUUAACCUUGAUCUACAAACUGAUCACAGCAAAACACUAGCCACGAGUGAAACGUCAAGCGCAAACAUGAAAUAAACUAAAAAUAACCUACAAAAUACUUCACAACAUUAUGCAUGAUAAUCACGAUAAAUUUCGCAGAACAGCAUUUGUCAAGAUGCAUUUGUUACUGAUCAUCGAAAAGAAAAAGAAAUGCAGUAUUCGUUAGUUUCAGAGGUGUGAAUCUCAUCUUGUAAAUCGAUCACCCCUAGAACAGAUGCUAAUUUACCAGUGCAGAAGAAGGGCGCCAAAGCUGUGAAAUGCGGAUGUUUCAAUGAAUGCUUGACAGAUUGAUUGAUGCAUAGAUAGGUUGUGCUAUUAAACAGCUGAUUGAUUGGUUGAUUGACUGAUUGAUUGACAGGGACGGCGGAGCGCAAUUUCAAAUAAGGGAGGUUGAAAACUCGCGUCUCCUAUUGGGAGGGGGUCUGGGGGCAUCCUCCCUCAGAAAAUUUGGAAAUCUAGAGGCUUGGAAAUGGUAAUUUUAACAUUCUCAAUGAGAUAAUUCUCUAGAAAACAUCAACCUGGAUAAGAUGUAAAAUUACAGGUACUUCUAGUACUUACAGCAUGUACCUUAUACUUAAACUAUACUUUAACAAAAUUUUUCCUCUAGAAAAGUGAGCUUAGCAACCCCAGCCCCCCCCCCCCGGCUCCGCCGUCCCUGAUUGAUUGGUCGUGGUGGAUAUUGUAGUAACAGAAAACAAUGCCUUCCUUCUUUCAGUUAUCCUUUCUGGAAGUGAAGCAGCUCUUCCCGACGUAGGUACAUGUUCAUUUAUGGAAUAUUUCUGUGAUGCCAUUAAAUGCCAAACAGACUUUUUUAAAGGACUCCAGAAAGACCCUAAUGGAAGAUUGCAGGUACAUUAAAGUAUAUAACAGUUAGAACCUUGAAAUAUCCUGUUUUUAGUAAGUCUUUACACUCAAAACACGCAUAACUCACCCCAGUUUAAAGUAAGUCACCAUACCCAACUAAAAGUAAAAGGAAUGCUGGCCUUCAAUUCUAGAAAUAAAUGACUUUUUCUGUAUCAUUUUUAACGGAAAUUUUUACCUUCUACAUCCCGGCAGCGCCAAGUUUAGGGAGCUGACCACAUGCGUGAUUAAGUCGGCUGAUAUUUGUGCUGGAAAUAUACUGCCCCAAAGCCGGAUCAAGAGCAUUGUUCACGAAAACUUCAAAGAAACUACCUUUUGUUUAAAAGGAGGAUCGAAUCCGGCUAUGCCGUCGGUGGGCUCGCCAUGCAGGAGUUCGUACAACACUGAUGCAAACAACUGUUUAAGAACCUUCCAUCAAGCAUUCGCUGCGAACAAGUCGGAUCCUGAGCUGUGCUCGUAAGUUGAGAAGAAUUUAGUAACACUGACGUGCCCUUUAAUUUUAACUGAACUUCGUUAACUGAGUAAUGGUGCGCUAGCAGAAUUAGCAGUUUUUGGGGGCAGAAAAGGGCAGCAAAAUUUAAUAAUUAGCUCAUGAAUAAAAUGUGCGGGAAACUUGUUCAGUUUAUGCUAACCAUGUUUAGGCAGGUUCUAGUAAUGAGCUCACAACCUCAUAAGGUCCAUUUGACAGUUUAGUAAGCCCAUUAUAUAGAAACGGCUAAUUUCUUCUAUUUAGCGCUAAAAAUCGGAUAUCAUGGUAGACAAAACAUACACAUACACAAAGUGGAGCUGAAAACCCUUUAUCUGAAUUUUGUCCGACUAUAUACAAAACCGUUUUCUCCUUUCUAUCUCAAGGAAACGACUAACUAUUGAAGUCUCAGAGUUUCACGAGCCGUUAGUCAGUUAAUUAUGAGAGUUAACAAGCCCACAUUUGCAUACAAUUACCGCAUAAAAAAACAAUUAAUAACUUAACAAGGAUCAAUUGAAACACGCAACUAAUCAAUAAACACUCCCAAUAAAACCAGGCACGUUUCUUAAGACACAAAUAAUCAACUUUAUGACUCUCUAUUAAAAUAACUGCAAAAAAAGUAAGAUUAAAUAUUCUAUUAAAAUAGUCAAAGAAGGCAAGGUAUCUUCUUUUUACACUGCGCACAAUGUUUUACUUACCCCUCUCCCUUUCAUUUUUAUUUUCCUACUCCUCCACAAUUUUAUCAUUUUCCUUCCUCAAGUUUUUUAUUCCCUCCUUCGCAAUUUUAUUAUGUUCUUUCCCCUUCCACCACCUCGUUUAUUCUAUAUAUUUUUCCAUCCACAAAAAAAAUCGACCUCAUAUCGACCCUACAUCGACCCUACACUCAACUUUUUUUUUUGUAACACAGCUUCGUGAAAAGUGAAAAAAAACCCACCACAUUUCUAUUGUCUUUCCAUCACUACCACAUUUCUAUUGUUUUCCCUCCACCACCACCACAUUUCUACUGUUUCUCUCCAACACCACCACCACCACCACCACCACCACAGUUCUAUUGUUUCUCUCCUCCACCACCACCACCACCACCACAUUUCUAUUGUUUUCACUCCUUCUGUUGUUUUGUUAUUUGAGUUUGGUCUUUUUGGCCUGAGGUUGGCUUGUUUGGCCUGUGGCUGGCCUCUGACCCUCUAAAAGAUAAAAAGGCUGCCCUUUUGCUGCCCAAAAAAACUGCUAAUUCUUCUGGCACACCACUACUUAUAGUUUCAUUGCAUUAAUUUCAAAAUUAUUGAAACUUUGAUCUUGAAUGCAAACACAAAACAGCUUUCCGGGCUCGAAAAGUUACCGGUACUUUCGAGAAACAGGCCAUUGGUCUUACAAAAGAAUGAAGCUGAAAACGCCUUUUCAGUGGCCAGUUUAAGUUCUCAUCAACUCAACUGAUGUUACACUGUAACGUAAUCACUCCGUACUGCAAAAGUGUUUUCAGAAUACUCAAGGGAUUUAAAACCUGGGUCAAAUGGGUGUUCUGAGCAUAUGAAUGAUUGGCAAUACCUCUCGCUAGGAGACCUAGACAAAACGAAUUUUUUUCCCCGAAAGAAAAUCUUGAGAUUUUCUCGUGCCUUAACGUUUCAUUAUGGUCAAGUGACAUAUCACGUGACCAAAAAUUGAAAAUGAAGGAAAUUAGCGAAUUGGUGGCGAAUUUACUUUGUUUGAAUAAACAAAUUGGCAUUUCCGAAAGAGGAUAAACAUACCUAACUUUCUACUUUUGGAAUGAAUGUAGGCGAAGUUUAAAAUUAAAGUUUUACAUAAUUCAAAAUUAAAUUUGGGCAUUUAAAAUUAUGUUUUUUAUUGAAGUGCAAUGGACGGUCAUUCCAAACGUGAAGUGUUAGAAAUAUUUAAUAUGAAUUAGAAAAAUGUUAUUGCUCGAUUUUUUAUUAAACCGGCCACCAAUUGGUCAAUAAUUUACGAUUUUUAGCAAAAUGGUCACGUGACAUAUCACGUGACCUAUUAACACAAUAUUUAUACUUUAAAAUGUUACGGACGAUGAGUUCUUUAAUUUAUGUGUGCCAAAUUUUGAUUCAGUGACAUCAGUCUAUGCUAAAGUUAUAGCCAAUAAUUCAUCUUCAACAGGUUAACCCCUUAGCCUUAAACUGCUUGAGUAAUCAAAACUUCAGAAUGUGAAAUGCGUAAAUUAUUUAUUCCUACCAGUCCUUUGUUAUAGCCAAUAACAUCACGGCUUAACUGACAGACGACCAAUAACAUCGCGACGUAAUUGACUAAUCAGAUCAAAAACCAUAGUAUAAUACCAUCAACUGACGUGAUACAACUCACUUUGGCUCUGAAGAUGACUACCGCACAGGUUGUCGAAACGUCGCUCACUGUCAACAACAACAGUCCUAUUCAGGACUACGUUCACCCGGACGAUCAAACUCAACCUACUUAUGAAAUGACUCUUGGGUUCAAACCUUUCACAGUCCUUUGUUUGUUUGUUUUGUUUUGUUUUGCUUUGUUUUUGCUAUUUAGUAGUAUGACAACGUUAUUGCUGCACGUGUUGAUUCACGCAAAUAGUUAAUUAGAAAUUAAUUAAUACUCAAUUCCUCAAAUACUUUAUAAUUAAGCAUUUUUUACUUGAAUAAUUGAUUUACUCGAGGGUGAACUGGCAAACGAAAGGUGGGAACUGGCACCCUUAAAAUCCCACCUUCCCCGACCUCUCCCUCUCCCCGCCCCCUGGCCUUCCAGCUAGAUUCGCCCUUGACCAACCUGGAACUGAACCAUUGUCUGUUUUGAUUUUGACAGGGAAUACGCCAAAGCAAAGAAGUGCUUGAAGAACCUGGCAGCGUCCGCUUGUUCCUUUUCAUCUAGUCAACAGGAAUUGCUAGACUUGAGUUUUAGUGACUAUAAUCCUUUCUGUGAGAGCAAUCGGGAUCCUGAGGCGACGGGAAAUGAUCAAUGUUUUGGAGUAAGAGAACUCAACAACCCCUUUCAUUCCUCUAAUCCUACCAAAUUUUCUAAUCCUACCAAAUCUGUCAUCAUUCCUACCCAGCGAACUCGCGCCAUUCUCCGCGUUACCAUUUCAGCUUCUCCUAAACCGAAAACUGAUAAUUUUCAGGCUGUACUGGUUCUUGUUUUAGCUCUGUUGUUUUUUAUCUAAUGCACUGUAGUAGUCCCCAGGGACCUCCAGUAACCACGACGACCACUGCAAAAAAAACUUUAAAUCGUAAUCGUCUCUAUUGAAAACCUUUAACUUUUGAGGAAGUAGAUAGAAGUAGAUAGAUAGGGCUGGAUAUUGGCCCUCAUGGCCAAAAUAAUGUCCAGCUUCCUUAACAGAAUUAGCUGGUCAUUAAACUCAUAUAUCACUGACUUUCUUGGUUCGUUUAGUAAUCACGACAAUAAACUGAAGCCGUGAGCGCAUGGUUUGCCUUUACCGUUCACAAUUAUUUUCUUUAACUUUUUAUAAAUACGGAUGCUCCCAACGUUACGAAACACAGUAACGUCUGUAUGGUAGGCUAAGAGUUUACCAUCUAAUCUCAUUUAAAAUACAGUCGCUUAAUAUUUGACCGCGGUUGUCGUUUUAAUAUUCAUCAUGAUGGGACAUGAUCGCGUCUACACAUUCUCUCUUAGCCACAGCUAUACCUACAGCUAUUAUCAUCAACUGCGUUCUUGAUAAUUAAUUUCUUGAUAUGAUAGUUUCUCCUUCAAAAAAAAACAUACAUUCUUCUCUUGGGCUUGAUUAGGAAAUAAAAUGUAAACAAGCACCUUUUUAUCAACAAAAUAAAUCCUGGUGAAACGAAGCCUAUGAGAAUGGGAAUAAAGAAAAAAGGUAUAAAGGAGAACAAAUAACAGCCUCUUCAAUGUUUUUGAUAGUUUAAAUUCAUUAUAAAUGUAUUUUAUAUUCUUUAUUAUUUUUUUUAACACCACACAAUUGUUAAACAACGUGCAAGAAAAACAUCAGGACAUAGAAAUUAUUUCACUUAACUGCUUGCUUAUUCGAUUUGUCCUUUGCUUAUCAAUAAUAAGUGAAUUCUAUACAGUUUCAAGUUUUCUUUGAAGAACGUUAAGUGUGAUUAGAUAUUUAUAUAAAUACGUGCCCACGCCCAAAACGUGUGUGCCAAAAGCAACUUAAAGUCCUGCGCCCGUUUUUGUAUCAAGCCAGAAGCAUAUAACCCCGAAGCGUACAACUUUGUCGCAAUGCUCGGGUUUUUUAGGGAACCAAUCAAAAUUUACUUCCUAAUAUGGGAUUACAGAUAAGUGAGAUCGUCGUGCGAGUGCUUUGUAAGUGUGCAAACUUGUAUCGCGAUGUAAAUGGUGUGGUGCAAAAAGCAUUUACUGUUUUACGAGGUAAUAUUUGACAAAAAACGGAAUGCAGUAUUAAUCCCCCCAAACGACCAAGACUGAGUUAGUUCCAUCCUCGGAGACACAGGGUCAGUCAGUCGGGCCGGGAGAAAAGGCGCGACAAAAGUUUUCAAGCACAGGCGGAAAAGCCCCUGGGUAUCGACUCUCACCGGACCAUUUCCAAACGGUCAAGUGAAUGCUGGCUCCUGAUUGGGCACAAAAAAUGCUUUGUAUUAUUAUGCCCAAUCGGCGAACAGCAUCUUCUGAGUUCUUUUCGUGAGUUCGUACACGACGGCUAUUGACUCGAUCACGGCUUGUCUGGCUCAUGCACCAAAGAAACACACGCAGUCAGGAAUCUAUCAGUUUGAUAUAAACGCUACAUUUCAAAAUACUGGUAGUCUUUACACUAGAGCCUAAAUAAGCUAAGAAAUAUUUCAAGACAAGUAAAUUUUAAAUUCUUCAAGUAAAAGAAAGCUUCACACACAACCUAUCUUUUUCACUUCAGGUUUUCCCACGCAACAUAAUUAAGAUUGAUUGACAUGUUUCGCCUUUCUCAUAGCUUGGAAACCGCAAGUUCGUUCGGUUUUAAUGAGACGCAAAGUAAAGUUACCGGGUACUUGAGAUUUUGCUUAGGUCUUCAAACACGCAUUUUUGGUUAAGUAAAACUUACCAGCUCUUAAGUCUUACUUACCAGCCUAGUGUAAAGACAACCACUGUCUACACAAAAACUAAAGACGCUUUUCCAAAAAUACAAGCUUGAGCUUACAACUGGCAGGUAUUCACUAGCCUGCGAGCAAGCUCUCCUAUUUGGGCAAGCGAAGCGAGCCUCACGAGAACGCGCGAGCGAGGGGCUUCGCCGCUCGCUCGCGCGUUCUCGCGAGACUCAUUUCACUCGCCCAAAUAGGAGAGCUUGCUCGCAGGCUAGGUAUUUACGCUUGCAUCGAUCACGCCUUCGUAAAUCUUAGGGAAUUUUGUAUGUCACGAGAGCUGACAACCACGAAAUAUUCGCAUGAGGAGUGAACUCACAUUUUUUUAGACUCUAUCGUGAUUAUUCCAACUCACUUACUUUGUCAAAUGCAAGCGAACUCUUCUUGAGCUGAAUUUCUAUCAACCAUAUCCAAGUUUUCCCUGCUAGCAGAGGUCUCUCACGACGAGGCAAAAAUGAGAGAAAGGAGAGAGCUCUCAUUUUCUCUCAUUAUACAAAAAAGCGUGAUGCACGUGCAAAGUUGUUGUUUUGCCUUGUCAAGCUAUUGCUUUUUUUACUUUCUCGUCGCCGCUUCAUCUUAAACUUCCUGUUAUUUACGAUACAUUGUGAUCCGUCAGAAACAGAAUGUUCUCAGUGCAAAUUAAAUUGCUCCUGCUGAUAGCAUCCGAAACGUUUUUCGACUCAUCGGUAGUUCCUUCGUUUCUGGUUAGCAAUGCUUGCUGAACGAACCGGAAAACUGUGGCGAGAUAAUAACCGUUGUGUACGAACUCACGAAAAGAACUCAGGAUAUGCUGUUCCCCAAUUGGGCACAAUAAUACAAAGCAUUUUUUGUACCCAAUCAGGAACCAGCAUUCUCUUGACCAUUUGGAAAUGGUCCGGUGAGAGUCGGUACCCAGGGACUCUUCCGCCCAUACUUGAAAACUUUCGUCGCGCGUUUUAACCCGGCCCGACUGACUGCCCCUGGGUCUCCGAGGAUGAGUUAGUUCCUUCUAACGAGACAAAGUCGACUGCCAAUGACAUGCACCGUAUUAAAAGAGAAGCGAUUUUUGCCUUAACAUUAGGGCAAAUAACCUUUAAAAAACCACUUACUAUCUAUCUACAAUAAAAAGUAACACAUAUUUUCAAAAAAAAAUUCACUGGUUGCUGAACUGGAAAGUAUAAAUUGUAUAAAAUUCCCUGACAUCUUCGCAGAAGUGAGUCGUGUAAUAAGAGACUGAAUAAGAAGGAUGAAACGCAAGUUCAAUAAUAUUAAAGACUUAGAUGCGGCGAUCAUAUUUUCAACUAAUGUUAUGAAUGAACAAACAGAAAACAAUAAACAGACAAAUUGUUUCUUGAAAAUUGUUAUUCGAAAACGCAUAAGUUUACCGUUAGAAGCAAUUCAGGUAACACCGACUGGAUCGUCAGUAAAAUCGGCCGAGCACAUGGCAAAAAUUAACACUAAAAUUAAGCUUAUCUUAUUAAUCGCACUGGGACAAGACAAACAAAAAUUAUGUAUCCCUUUGGUUGGUCUUGCCCCAGUGCGACUUUUGCGUCCCAGCAUGGCGGUUUCGUACCACGUGAAUGGCAAGCUGUAAAGGGCCCAUAACUGAAUUUUAUGUAAAACAACAACUCUGCACGUGCAGCACAUUCUUUUGCACAUUUCUUUGCCGUCACUGUACGACUACGACGUGAAAUUACCAAGUUCCACAUUUUUGGGUAAACGUGAACAAACGACGACGAAAUUUUCUCUCUUUCUCCUGCUUUGAACUUGGAUAUGGUUCUUAGGAAUUCAACUCCAGAAGAGUUCGCUUACAUUAGACAAAGGAGUUGAGUUGGAAUAAUCGCGAUAGAGAUUGAAAAACUGCGAGUUUCACUUUGCAAGAGAUGUUUUCGCCGCCGUCGCCGUCGUGGUAUCUUAAACUCCCUUCUUCAUGAUAUGAGGGAUUCGAGAAGAGUAGUCGAUUGGUCCUUUAGUUUUAUGGUGAAUUUGAGCGAUGCUUUGUGAUGCGAGAGCGAUUCUAGAGUCGAGGUUGGACACAGUAACCUGCCUCGCCUCACUAAAUAUAGAAAAACAAGACCGAACUAACAACGUGCCGCAAAACCCCGCAAGUGGUAAAGAAAUGAUCCCAUGUUACACAGAAAAAGCAACAAUUAACACAAGUUCAGGUAAAUGUAGUUUAUUUCUACAUUUAUGCCCAUAGUUUUAAGAUUUGACAACUAUAUUCUGGUUUCUCAUAUAAAGAUUCCAUACAUUGUUCGCAAUAUGCAAAACAACAUCAACAUACGCUGUAAUUGGGGCGCCUGUCGCUCAUAAGUCAUGUAAGAAAACAUAAGAUAUCCUAUUUCCGAGGGAUUGUCUCACGCAGAAAGCUGGAAUAGUUCAUUUCGUUCUCCUUCUUGUUCUUCUUCUUGUUCUUCUUGUUCUUCUUCUUCUUAAUUAUUAUUAUUAAUAUUAUUAUUAUUAUUAUUAUUAUUAUUAUUAUUAUUAUUGUUAUUAUUGUUAUAUAUAUGUAUAUAUGUAUAUAUUUAACAAUUAUUCUUUGAAAUCGAGGUGAAUAGUGGCAAAAUAUUUACCGAGACGCGAAAGCGGCGAGGUAAAUAUUCCCAAAGCCACUAUUCACCGAGAUUGAAAAGAAUAAUUGUUUUAGUAUAUACACAUGAAGUGAUCUCAACAAAAUCAGAGAGGAAACCAUUCAAAAGUACGAUUUGAUUGACAGAUCAAAUCACGCGUAAGUUUAAAAAUAGAUCUUUGCAGAAAUUUCAAACAUGGCAAUUCACAAGUUUAUCAUUUCGCAAACAACAGCGUAAUGGCUUAAAUGGAACCGCUAAAAGUUUGAACUGUUUCCUUACCUGAGAAGAAAAGUAGAGCUGUGUUGUUUUCUGUUGACUCGCCACGUUUAUAGCCAAAAGGGUUUGUUGUGUCGUUCUUCGCAUGAAGUGCUGACAAAAAUGGCGGCUCAUUUGCUCGAGGUAAGACGUCGUCUUUCUGUAUCAUUCUUUUUCCUGUUUACUUGAAACGUAGAAUUUCUGCAAACAUUUCCUUUUAAAUUUGUUUUUCAUAAAUAAACUUCGAUUUUUGAGCCAAAAUUGUCUUCUUAGAAAACGGAAACGGCUUCUUCUACGCGAAUACACGGGAGUUGUAAACAAUCCAUCGAGCACAAAACUCCUGCUACUACUGAGUGCUACAGUAAAUUGAAAAACGCCGUAUUGAAUCCUUCCAAGUCUUUUCUUGCCUUAAAAAAAGUCAGCCCUAGGAUUCUGUCCACUUUUAAAAGAUCGUUCUCUAAAAAAUGGGAAAAACACUGAGCUCACACAUUAUCCACUCGCUAGGAGGUGAAUAUUGUUGAAUAGUCCGAGAUAGCGAACCAAUCAGAUUGCUUAAAUCACCAAGAUCACUGAGUGUGUAUAUACUAAGUAUAUAUAUAUAUAUAUAUAUAUAUAUAUGUUGCAUGAAAAAACGGUCCUUGUAAAAAAGCGUCAUUUUUAUGUAAAAAAGCUGCUUUUUUACAAAUUGAGCGGUUGUAAAAAUACUGCUUUUUUACAAGUUACCUGGUUGUAAAAAUACUGCUUUUUAAAAAGCAGCUUUUUUACAUAAAAAAGCUGCUUUUUUACAAAUUAGCCGCUUGUAAAAAUACUGCUUUUUUAUGUAAAAAAAGCUGCUUUUUUACAAGUUACUUGGUCGUAAAAAUACUGCUUUUUUACAAAAAUAUAUUUUUGUAAAAAAGCAGCUUUUUUAUGUAAUAAAAAGCGGCUUUUUUACAACAUAUAUUUUUGUAAAAAAGCUGCUUUUUUAUGUAAAAAAUCUGUUUUGUUACAAAAGGUAUUUUUGUAAGAAAGCUGCCUUUUUUAUGUAAAAUCCUGCUAUUUUACACGUAUAGACCAUUUGACAAACUCAUUUAUCGAAGACAGGCUGUUUUCCAUAGCAUGGUUCGAAAUUUAUUGAACUGUAGUUUUCGUGCGGCUAGUCACGUUCACGUUCCCGUGUCCCCUUUAUUGUGGGGCAUUUAAAUUCCCUUGUUAACUCGCUGACAGCGUUAAAAAUUUACGUUCUUUUUAUUCUUUUUAUUCUUUCUUCUUGUUUCCUUUGUCAUUCAAUUUUCCAGGACCUUCUAAUUGUUGGAUGCGAAGAAGGAACAGGCAGUAAUUUCAUUUGUCAUGCUUAUCGGCUGAGGUCACGCACGGCAGUAACUGCAUGUUAGGCAAUAAUAGAAUAGCUGGGUUAUUCACUGUCUUAUUUAUAAGCAAUGCCUGUCACAAUCUCUUGCAGCAACCAAAGACUUCUAUUCUCUCCUUCAUUGCUACUUUUGUUCAAGCCGAAAACUAUACAGAAUAUUGUUCUGUAUUAUUUAUCUAUUUUCCCAAGGUUAUCAGCUGCAAUGAUCGGUUUAACUGUCAACAAAAUACUUGGCUAUAAUGCUUUGGUGCUCUUAGCAGUGGAUAAAUAAAUUAUAACUCCAUUUCUAGCAUAAAAUCUCCAGCAAGAAUCAACGACAGCAAUUGUUAGGCAAUUUCCUGUAUUAUGUAUGAUGCGCUAAACUUCUAUCACGGGAUUCAUGCUAUGUUGAAAUCCAUGCUGAUGCAUGCAAGAUUGUCAUGUCUGCGUUACAACUUUAAGCUUUCAACAUGAUGUAGGAACAUGUUCAGUCGGCUAAUCAAGCAAAAGGAAACGCUAGCCUAUAGCUACAAGCGUACAUACACUCGCUUGUUAGUCUAAUUUUGCAAUACAGAGAGCAACUUGUAAGGCCAUAAAAACAGCAGACCACAGCAGCCGAUUUGUUUAUAAGAAUUAGGGACUAUAAAGGCGGUCUGUAACGUACGACAAUGCGUGUUUUAUUUUAGAGAUCGAGAAAUAAGCCAGAAAACACUUGUAAAGGCUAAACAAGUUUAAUAUGAACACUAGCUGAAAUCGCCAGCAACAUUUAGAGUAUGACCGUUUUUUUACAAAAUAUAUUUUUGUAAAAAAGCUGUCCUUUUACAAAUAUAUAUCAGUGUAAAAAAACAGCUUUCUUACGGUACCGUUUUUUUACCGUUUUUUUUCCCUCGUGAUACUGCGUUCCUUUUGAUUUUAUUGCCAUGGCAAACUGUCUGUAGGCGCUUUUUGGAUAGAGAAACUUAUUCUUCAGAGGUGUCCUUUCAUUUAUUUGUUGUACUUCAAUAAAAUACGGUUUCCAGAGGCACAUUCAGCGGAUUUAACUGAGUAGGUUGCUUUUUAUUUGAUUACGAAACAUAACUCUGAAGCGCAUUGUUUAAUUUGACAGAAUGCAACGGGUAUCUUUGCAUCUUUGCACGGGCCAUGCUAUGAACAACGCCAAUAUAGAGUGCCGAAAGCAGUUUCUUAGACAAUUUAAAUCUUUGUAAUGAAAGGAAUUAUAAGCUGAAUAAAACCUAAGUCACGCUUUGAGAGAUUUUCGUCCCCAGAGCCCCUCAGCUUUUUGAACGAGCGAGAAACCGUUCCUUUUCGAUGACCACGCGGCCAAAUGUGAACGACAAGUGUUAUGAGUCGCCCAAUCACUUCAAAGUUUAUUGUUCCGCAUGCCAAGUUUAGUAGUUUUACGCCACACCUUGCAUCAUUUUAUCUUUUGGUUUAACAAGUUGCUGCUUUCAAAUCGAUCGUAGGGACAGGUCAGGAAAACCCCACAGCAAAUUCAUCAGAGAAGAUAAGAAAUGCAUCUUAAAAGCCUUCUUUUCGUGCUUGGUAAGUCAAAUUGUUUUUACCACUUACUUUUUUACUCUGGGCGCCCGGCUCGAGUGCGAGCUUCAUGCUCAAACGCGCUGAAAUGAAAGUGUGAAGCAGGAGUGAGAAGGAUAACUUUCUAUGAAGCAAGGAAGCCGUGCGCAUUGCAUUCACUUAUGCAGUAUGGACCCCUUUCGCUUAUUCGAGCUAAUGCAUUGCAGAUUACCUGUUUAUAGCUAGUUUGGGAGCCUUCAACCUGAUAUUGUACAUGAGCAUUGCAUGGCCCAAUAUUACUACAUGCUUGCCAGCGAAAACUUUUUUCAUCUAGCAACCCAGUGCCACUAAAAAGGCAUACAAAUCAGCUUUUUUUUCUCAGUGUUUUAACGCUAUAGUACCACAGACCAGGGCUCAAAAUAACGGCCGGUCAACGGACAAUGUCCGGCCUGAUCGUGGACUUGACCGGUCAAACUCUCGUCUGGCCGGUCAUUUUGACCGGUCAUCUUUGGAUACGAACAUUUUAUAAUAUUUUCCAUAAGUUGUCGCUUAAUGCGUUUUGCUCAGUCUAUAACGCUGUAGUGACUUCUUUUCUCUUUGGCUUUUUUUUCUUUGCUGCUUCCACCGUAAUUUUUAGGGAGUUAUUAUAACUCCAAAAAUGGAGUAAAAAUUUUAGGUACAGGAUAACCCCAUUUUUGGGGUUAUUUUAAGUCCUAAUUUAACUCCGAAUUUGGGGUCAUUUUUACUCCUGAAAAAGAGUUCUUUUUACUCCCAGUCUGGAGUUAAAAUUACUCCGAAAUGGGGUUACUUGUACUCCUUACAUGGGUUGUUGUUACUCUUUUUGGAGUUAAUUUAACUCUGAAAGUGGAGUAAAAAUUUUAUGUACAGGAUAACUCCUUUUUUGGGGUUAUUUUAACUCCUCAAGAUCUGGGGUCACUUUUACUCCUGAACAAGAGUUCUUUAAACUCCUUUUUCGAGUUAAAAUAACUCCACGAAAAAUAACUCCACUAUCUGGAGUUAAAUUAGCCCCACUAGAGGAGUUAUUAUAACUCCCUGAAAAUUACAGUGUCGCAUUAAAGGCUGUAAAGAAAAAAAGGACGCCGCAAUAAAUUUCAUGUCGUCAUGUCGUAAUGAAAUGCAACAAAGCGAAACAACAACAAACUGCUGGAGUAACGCAACGAUGCAGCAGGUAGUACUGUGCUUUCUGCUUGUGCUAAAGUCAAUAGUGUGACCGUCUUUGGGAAAAAAUACACUAACGAUAAUCUGUUAUCCGUUAGAAAACUAAAGGAUAGCUAACAGUUUUGUCCAUCUGAUAAACGUUCUUUUUCAGCAUUCUUCUGAACGUAACUCAGUCCACCUCUGAUAAAGGUUAUUUUUGUGUGCUACUGAUGAAGAAGGCUUCUCCAGUGGUAAACGAUGCUUUUUAGUGUCGUUUACUGAUGGGGUCGGCGAGAAGGAGAGGCUUAAUCGAUAACAUUUUUGUGAACAAUCCUGAGCAGGUGCUAAUCAGCGAUAAUCUCAUUACUGAUGUCAGCGAUCAUUUUUCGCAGUUUUGUAUUUUGACAUCAACAAGAGAUAAAAUUAAACGGAAGCAAAUUAAAAACGCGAUCUUUCGCAUUUCAAUCCCGAUAGUCUUAACAGCGACCUUGCUACGAUCGACUGGAGUUGCAUCAUUAAAACGCACGCAAAUAAUGUAGACGAGCUAUUUUCAACUUUCUAUAGAAAUUUUAAUAAAAUUAUAAAUAAACAUGCACCGAUUAAAACCCUUUCUCGACGUAGGAUUAAUCGUAACCUCGAAAAUCUAGUGACUCAUUAUUUACAAGAAUUAGGUAUUCACUUCAAUAUAAUAGGUGUCACGGAAACUAAAAUCACCAAUUUUAAUGAGAAUACAGGCCUUUCAAACAUACCCGGUUACGUUUUUGAACACGUUCCAACACCUCUAGCAUGUGGUGGUGUAGGCCUCUUUGUCCAUGAAACACUUAGUUAUUCAGUUUUUGAAAAAACUUCCACCGAAUCUUUUCAGGCAUUGUGGAUAGAAAUUUCUUUUGUUAAGAAGAAAAACGUAAUCUGUGGAGUCUUAUACCGUCAACAUAAUUAUCCAGAGAGCUUUCUUAAAUACUUGGAAGAGACUAUCGACAAAUUUACUUCCACAGGGAAGAACUUAUGUCUCUUAGGUGAUUUUAAUUUAUGUCUACAAAAAAUCGAAACCUGUAAUUACAGUCGCGACUUCUUACUGGCUCUUCAAAGUUGUUAUCUCCUUCCAACUAUUGACAAACCAACACGUGUUCACAUAAAUUCUGCAAGCUUAAUCGAUAACAUUUUUGUGAACUUCCUGAGCAGGUGCUUAUCAGCGGAAGUCUCAUUACUUAUGUCGGCGAUCAUUUUUCGCAGUUUUGUAUUUUGACAUCAACAAGAGAUAAAAUUAAACGGAAGCAAAUUAAAAAACGCGAUCUUUCGCAUUUCAAUCCCGAUAGUCUUAACAGCGACCUUGCUACGAUCGACUGGAGUUGCAUCAUUAAAACGCACGCAAAUAAUGUAGACGGGCUAUUUUCAACUUUCUACAGAAAUUUUAAUAAAAUUAUAAAUAAACAUGCACCGAUUAAAACCCUCUCUCGAUGUAGGAUUAAACAAUUUUCUAAGCCUUGGAUUACAAAAGGUAUAAGAACGUCAAUCAAAGAAAAAAACAGACUGUACCAAAUUGGCGAUCAGGAAAAGUAUAAAUAUUAUCAAAAUAAAAUUUGCAGUCUUAUACUUUUGAGUAAGAAACACUAUUACUGCGCCUUUUUUAAUAACAGUUUAAGUAAUAUAAAAAAACAUGGCAAGGCAUAAAUGAAUUAUUAAAUCGCUGCAGAAGAAAGUGUAAAUCUGUUAGUAAAUUAAAAGACCCAGAUAACAACAAUAACCUUACUAAUGAUUCCUCGCGUAUACCUAAUAUCUUAAAUAAACAUUUCUCAAAUGUUGGCAACAUCUUAGCAAGCAAACUACCACCGGCAGAACGUUCCUUCAUAGACCACCUAAGAAACUCCAGUUCGCCAGAACUUUCGUUUUUCUUCAGACCUGUAACUCCAUCCGAAAUUCAAUUCAAAUUUUAUCUAUACCAAACAGCAAAUCGCAUGGCUUAUACUCCUGUCCUACUCAACUUCUUAAAUACUCAAGCGAAGUCAUAUCUCCAGUUCUUUCAGAUAUUCUCAAUACAUCUGUCUCUCUUGGGGCUUACCCCCAAAAACUUAAAAUAUCUAAAAUUACACCUAUCUUCAAAGCUGACGACGAGACCGACAAUUCUAAUUAUAGGCCAAUUUCAUUAUUAUCAAAUUUCAAUAGAAUCUUCGAAAAAAUUAUGUAAGACAGAAUGAGAGACUUUAUUGAAAAGCACAGCCUAUUAUAUUCGUCUCAAUAUGGUUUUCGUCAAGCUCACUCAACCCAACAUGCUAUUCUUGAUAUGGUAGAAACUAUACAAACCAAUAUGGAUAAAAAACUUUUUUCAUGUGGUGUUUUUAUUGACUUAAAAAAAACCUUUGACACUGUGAAUCAUCCUAUUUUACUUGAUAAACUAAAUUAUUAUGGCUUCCGCGGAAUUGUCAAUCAAUGGUUUUCCUCUUAUUUAUCAAAUCGCACACAAAGUACUGAAAUCGGCUCUCAUAUAUCUAGUAAACGAAAUAUCAAUUGCGGCGUACCCCAAGGUUCUGUCCUAGGUCCCCUUCUCUUCUUGCUUUAUAUAAAUGACAUCCAAUAUUGUUCAAGCAAACUCCAAUUUUUCCUUUUUGCUGAUGACACUAAUCCUCUUUAUGCUCAUAAAGAUUUAAAGACACUGGAACUAACAGUAAAUGCAGAAUUACACAACUUGUAUGACUGGCUGACUUCAAACAAACUUUCCCUGAAUAUUAAAAAGUCAAACUAUGUAAUUUUUCGUCCAUACCAAGAAAAAUUCAACUAUGAUCCCCAGGUUAAUAUUUUUGAAAAAGACAGCAAUAAAAAGGUUACCCUUGAACGCAAAAACUUUAUUAAAUAUCUUGGACUGUUAAUCGAUGAAAAUCUACCUUGGAAGAUCCAUAGUCACUCUGUUGCAAAUAAAAUAAGUAAAACAAUUGGGCUAAUUGCGAGAUUAAGACAUAUUGUUCCCACUUGCACCCUCUUAAAUAUUUAUCAGUCACUAAUUACACCUUAUCUAACUUACGGUCUUAUCUCCUGGGGCAACGCCUGUAAAACUUUCCUUGACCAAAUUCUUGUCCUUCAAAAACGCGCACUGCGUUUAAUAUAUUUUGCUGAAACAAACGACCACGCAAUACCUUUUCUUGUCAAUGCAAAACUUCUACCUUUACAGUCUCUAUAUUAUGAAUCCGUUUGUAGUCUUAUGUAUGAUGUAAAUAAAAACCGGGCUGCUCCGGAUAAUAUUUCGAAACUCCUCUCUCGAAUUUCUAGUGUUCAUACUUACAACACACGUGCCUCAACCUCUAAACAUUUUUAUAAUAAAGAAUCUCGACUCAAUGUCAAAAGAAAUGCUUUUUCGCGUGUUGGGGUCAAAAUUUGGAAUGGGAUACCUCAAAUUCUCAAAGAAAGACCGAAAAAAGCUUUUAAAAGAUCACUAAAAGAAAUGCUACUCGAUAUCCUUGAAACUGAAGACUCCUAUAUUGAUGUGGAUACGAUCAUCGUGAAAAUGGAAAAGUAAUUCUCUUGUCCUUUAUUUUCAUUUUAUUUUAUUUUUAAAAUUCCACUUUAAUAUUGUCCUUGCAUUUAAGUAGAAUAGUAUCUAUUUAAUGUUAAAUGUAUAUACUUAUAUAACGUCUAAUUUCUUUGUAUUUGUCUAGUUUGUAGUAAAUUAUGUAGCCUGGCCUGCCUCGGAUAGCCUCGCUAACUGCAGGCCAGUCCCAAUGUAUCUUUUGCUAUAUUUCCAAAUUUAAAUAAAGUUGAAAGUUGAAGUUGAAGUUGAACUCCACCAAAAUCAGCCAGUUAAACUUACAAGGUUUAUUUUACUUACUCGCAAGGCGGUUCUACAUUCUUCCUGAUGUUCUUCUGUUUCUCCAUCUAUCUAGCUGCUUACCCUUCUUCCUUCAGUUCCUUAGCAGCUCGCUAUUUGUUUUUGGUCGUUGACCAUAUGUCUACACAUAUAAUAAUGCAUAGGAUGUAUCUGCCAACAAAAACGAGCCCGCCACAAAACCCUAACUAGCUAAGUCAAUUACUAAAAACGUAGAAAUGUCCAUUUAAAAGAUAACUAUCUUCCGAGGGAUGUCAAAUUUGGAGACAAGAUGUCCCACUCUCAAAAAGCACACUGUUAAUAUUUAUGUUUCUGUAUGCAAAGCUUAUUACUAAAUUGCCUAUUCAUUACGUUGCAUUUUUAAAGGUAAACUCUUAGAAUGCUCUAGAACCUUAAAAGCCUAUUGAUCGGAUAUUUAUCGAACUUUUAUUAACUUUCCAUAUAUCUUCAAAAUCGGGAAGAUAAGCCUUGUAACACAUCUAACGUUUCACAUCUACUUGUAAGAGGAAUGUGAAAAUCAACUUCGACAGAAUUUGGGGGUUGUCCCUCAAAUACCGAGAGCUGAAAUAGUUAAUCAUUACACAUAGCAAUUGAAACAGAUCAAUUAGUGAUUAUUCAGAGGAAUAGUAGGCACAGAGGAACCAGUGUGGGCAAAGAGGAACAUUAGGCACAGAGGCAAAUCGAUCGCAAUUCUUACCAGGUCGUCCGGCAGCUGUUUCUCCGGGAAUAACUUUUAGCACAUCGAUUUUAUAAUAAUUUCUUUAUGUCGAACAUGAAUCUCGUUUGCGGACUCGAUUCCAGAAUAGUAUGAUAAAAAAAUUUAAGCUAAUCGAGAACGAACGUUGUCUAUCCCUCAUUCCUGUAAAGAGCUUUAUGCAAAUUUCUGUUGACGUUAAUGAGCCCUUCCCGAUAAAGUGUUACGCGACGACCCAAACGAAAGCUCUGCUGUAUAUUUAUUGACUUCUGAUGAUAAACACGCUGUUUGUGGAACGGAUAUUCCCCAAAUCAACUUCUUUACCGAAAAUAUUUAGUGUUGUUCUUCUUUGUAGAGGAGACUUUCGAUCGCGUGCCGGGCAACGAAAAAGAUCAAGUUUUACCGAUAUGCAGAUAUGGGACGAACCUUGGGGAUUUCAGACACCGCCGUACGAUGAUACUCAAGGUAUAACGGACAUGAAAACGGGCAAAAACCGCGGAAAGGAACUCAAGAACGUGUGAAUGAAUUUUUCACCUACUUGCUACCAAAAAGCUGAACGUGAAUGCACUACAACGAUCUAAUGCCAGCGUAAUUCGAUAUUCCAUUAGGCAAAAAAAAUAUAUAUAUUAUAGUAUCUUGACCGGCCAAAAUUGGGGUUUGUCCGUGCUAAAAAAUAUUUGGCCGGUCAUCAGGACCGGCGACCUGCUGUCCGAUAUUUUGAGCCCUGCAGACCGAGGAUUGUUUGAAGAAACAAGCCAUGCCAGUGAGACCAGUGAGAGUAUUCCUUACGUGUUGCACGACAUGGCCGAAAAUCGUUGUAAACAAGUUCAUGCAUGAUAAUCACGGUAAAUUUCGCAGAACAGCAUUUUCAACAUUUGUCAAGAUACUUUUACUCGUUUUGGUUGUUACUGGUCGUCAAAGAAAAAAAAAAUAAGUUUUCGUUAAUUUCAGAGGUGUGAAUUUCAACUCUUAAAUGUGUGUGUCUCUUGGGUUUGCAAGAAAUAUCAAAACGUCGUGACAUAACGGCUCCUUUUAGUCACUAAAAUGGCUAUAGUCAAAAUGAAGCAGAAGUUCAAAUACCCCUCGAGCCGUAAAGCUGUGACGUGCCUGAGCAUGAAGCAUUUAAAAUACGUUAUUUUAUAGCCAGCAGCGGUAGCGUUUAUUUCCCGGUUUAUACCCAGACAUGAGAAAUUUCUGCAAUUUGAUUGGCUUCGAGCAGUGGUAUUUCAGCUUAAUUUGAAAUUCCUGCAUGUGAAAAUUACGAAACUUUUGCGGGUAGUAAGUAUAAACAAAUAAUAGCAUGAUUUGUACGUGAUGUUUGGCAUACUCCACUCAAAUUGUCUCUCGUCUAACGGCUCGUGAAAUUACGUCAAUUUCAAAAUAUCAGUCGUGGUAUUUACGCCAAAUAUCACUACAAAUCAUGCUAUUAUCUAUAAAAAUCACGAACCGGAAAGUCAGCGUCAACCCCAAUUUAAUAUUUUUAAACGGAGUUAUUUUAUAUUUUAAUAAAAGUUAGUUAUGUUAUAUUUUAAUAAAAUACGGUUACAGGCCAGAGGCAUGUUUAGUGGAUUCAACUGAUUGAACUGAGCAGGGUGCUUCGCUUUUACGAGGUAUUGGCAGGGCUAUUGGCAGCAUGUAACGGGCAUCUUUGCACAUCUUUGCACAUCUUUGCACGGUUGUGCACAACGCCAUCUGUAUAGAGUUUAAAUCUUUGUAAUGAAAAGAAUUAUUAGCUGAAUAGAACCUCGACGGUCACGCUUUGAGAAAUUCUCGUCCCCAGAGCCCCUCGACUUUUAUAUAACGAGCAUGCGAUGAAAACCUCUUGUUUUCCAUAACCACGCUGCCAAAUGAAACGAAAAGUUCGGGGGAAGAGCGUGGUUUAAAAAUAGAAAUCGGCCCAAUAUUGUAAUUCGCCCAAUCAAAUUUCAAAGUGGAUUGUUCUGCAUGCCAACUUCAGAGGACAGAUAUGUAAUUUUUACGCCACAUCUUGCAUCAUUUUAUCUUGACUGGUUGCACAAGUUGCUCUCAAACCCGGGAGGGGGGGGGGGGGGACGCGGGUACUCCCUUAUAUAGGCCAUAUAGGUAUGUGCCGCCCCAUCAGGUGGGGUUUUUGCGCCGUUUUUUUUUUUUUUUUCGAUGAGUUCUGCACAUAGGCGUACGGGAAAUUUUUUGCCAGGGGGGGCGGUAAACCAUUUGCCCAAAAAAUUCUCGCAAGUUGCCCGAAUUUUUCCGAAACGUACAGUCGAAAAGAAACGAGGGCCAUACGAUGCAACAACAGAGGCCGCACUGGCAUAUGAAGGUGGCUCGAUAAAGUAACGGUUUUUCAGGGUCAAUACCUCCCAAUUCUGAGUAUAACUACGUCGCCAUAGACAAACAUUUGGAAAAAUUGCCACCACAGUUUUAUUAGAUAAAGAUGAAAAUUUGUCAUGAUCAGGAAUGCAAUGACAUCGGAGUUGUCAUAGCAACGAAAUGACGCCAUUGCCUAUAUUACUUGCAGUAAUAUUUCUCGGCACAGGGAACUGUUCUUACAAAAUCGUUCACGGAAGCUUUUUCCUCAAAUAGUCGCCUCGAUGUUCGGAAACUGUGAGAGUGUUAUUGGGAUAUUUUGGAAUGACGUUUUCAUCGUUAGAAAUAUGGUAAAAAACGAAAAUCUUGCUGUUUGGCCGUUAUCGAACUGAGAACUAAGCAGCCACUUCUUCAUUUUUAGAUCCAUUGCUGAUGCUAUCUGCCAUACACUAUUCUACGAGCGGGAGAUGAUUCUAUUAAGAUAUGCGGAAGUUUAUUCUAAUCAAUUCACGACUGGAGAGAGCCCAUUUCAGUUAGUGCAGUGCAGUACAGUGCUCAGCAGUAAAAAACCUGAUAUAAACCUGAUGAACACUGCUAUUGGCCAGUCGAAAUAUCGCAACUUAACUCUAUUUCACGUUGUUUGAUCAGUCCCUGCAAAAGUCUUCUUGAUUGUAACGUUUUGAUCUAUUUUGACUGAUCACGAUCUUUUCGGAUCCGACGUUGAGCAGGAUUGAUCGUACACGGUUUUUGCAGUGGUUUUUUUACCUUAACUAAAUACUUUAAAAAACUAUAAAUAUUUAAAUCAACGUGUGAUACCCUUUCCUGAUAACCAGAAACUCAUCACGUGCUAGGCAACCUAUGUCUCGACAGAACGUAACUUGAUUAUUACGCCUACCGACGUCAGGAUUUUUAUCAGAAUAGAAUAUAAAAUAUUUAUCUCUUAAAAAUAACAUUAAAAAAACAACGAAACGUCUUUAAAACCUGGCUUUGCCCAAAUUUUCUCUUGCUGCCCAAAAAAUCCGAGUUGCCCAAAAUUUGGGGGGGCUGCAGCCCCCCUCGCCCCCCCGGCCAGUACGCCUAUGGUUCUGCAGCGAACUACAAGGCUGAAUGUUCAAACAGUUGAACUUUCAAGUGUGUGGUGCUGUUGAGGAACGGUGCUGGAUUUACAAGCUUGAAAGGUAACUCGAAGCAAAGUUGGCAUUUUACAAAGAAACAUAUGGAGAUAGCGCCAUUUUGUAUCGAACGGUCAGUGAAGACCGUCAAUGGUUUUAGCCUUCUUCUUCAUAGUUCUUACGCUGUUUGUUCUUCUUUCUUGGUCUCAAAACAAAGCUUGUGUGACAUUGGAUCGAUACUUUAUGCUGGCUUUGAAUAAAUGCGGUGAUUAAUUUUAUAAGAAACCAUUUUGAAACACAUCAUGUUUUGUCAAGUUUUUAAUUUUUUUGAAAAAUCCUCAAAAACAGGAAUUGGGGUCGGUUUUUUAGUACCGAAUGCGUGGUACCUUCAAGGAAAAUAUAUUCACAAACAGUCUGGGUCAAUUUUGACUUCAUACCAUCGAGAUCGAUGCCAAGAAAUAAAAUAUUCUUUGUUGGAAGUAUUUUUAUCGGCUUCCACCUCCCUAAACAAUUUGCCAGUUAAAGGGUUAGUGAUACAUGCUUUAAUUAUAGUUACCAAGUUAAUAAUUUAUGGUGUUUAUCACCUAACAACAAACAUCCCCAGGGGAGUACUCCUUUACAUUUGCCUUAUUGAUCUAAAAUAAGUGCUAGAGUAAGAUUUGGAAAGUCGAACAAUACACCCCACUAAGAAUAGACCUUGAGUUUUCACGGUUUUCGACGACAUCUUGAUGAGUAGGCAAACGUGUGAGAAAUCACAGUGUUUGUAUGAGAAUCUAACGUCGAAUAAUUUUCGUAAAACUUCUGUUCUGAAAGAAAUAUUAAUUGUAAACUAAAACUACAAAGCAAAGGAUUGUCUUAAAGAGUUUUGGGGGCAUACCUGUGCUUAAAUUUCUCCAGAGGCUUGCUUUAGGUUUUCCAUAAAACUGUCUGUAAUUUUUCCCGGGACUUUCUUACAGACAAAUGUACAGAAAUUUUAAAGUGCUAGGGCUAGGUUUUCUGGCGCAUGUAACGCCCUCAACUUUUUUCAGUAGAAUCCUUAAGCGCGAAGCUUUAGUUUACAAUUCAUAUUUUUUUUUAGAACAGCCGUUUUACGGAAAUUAUUCGACAUCAGAUUCUCAUACAAACACUGCCAUUUCUCACGCGUUUGCCUACUCGUCAAGAUGGCGUCGAAAACCGUGACAGGGUCUAUUCCAAAGAAUACGCCCCCGGAUUCCUCAGAUAAUAAUUGAUAGCCAUCAUUUUGUGAGCCAAAAAUCCUGGUGGGUUCUUCCUCACUUUUGUCUUAGGUAUUGGUCAUUUCAGACCCUUGACUACGGAUUUAGAAGGUCAGACGGCACAUCCCCACCACGAAGUGCUAAGAAUACCCCCCCCACGCCCCGCCCCAGGAGAAUAAAUCGAAGGUAUUUUAUGGACUGCGGGGCGCGCGCAAAUCUACAAGGUCAAUAAUGUCAAGUACAAGAAAACCAAUGUAAACAUGACAGCUAAACCCACGAGGCUCUAUCUUAAACCGAAGCAGGAACUCUGAUAUAGGUCACAAUCAAGGUCAGCGAUGGUGCCAAAACGCGCCUACUUCAAGGACUGGCACUUAAUUUUAAGAAAUGACGGACGUUCAUGUUAAAAACUAUUUUAAAAGGUGAUAGAAUUUGAAAACCUGUCGAUGCAAAUACGGUUGUUAACCUUGAUCUACAAACUGAUCAUGACAAAACACUAGGCUCGAGUGAAACGUCAAGCACAAUGAAAUAAACUAAAAAUAACCUACAAAAUACUUCACAACAUUAUGCAUGAUAAUCACGAUAAAUUUAAACUAAACUGCAUUAGUCAAGAUACAUAUUUUUGGUUUUGGUUGUUACUGAUCAUCGAAAAGAAAAAUAUGUAGUAUUCGUCAGUUUCAGAGGUGUGAAUUUCAACUUGUAAAUCGGUCACACCUUGAACAGAUGCCAAUUUACUGUUGCAGAAAGAUGGAAGUCGGGAGGGCAAAAACUACCGGAAUGCGGAUGUUUCAUUGAAUGCUUGACAUGUUGAUUGAUUCAUAGAUGGGUUACUUAAUUAAACAGCUGAUUGAUUGAUUGAUUGAUUGAUUGAUUGAUUGAUUGAUUGAUUGAUUGAUUGAUUGAUUGAUUGAUUGAUUGGUCGUGGCAGAUAUUGUAGUAAUAGUAAAAACUAUCUUCCUUCUUUCAUUCAGUUAUCCUUUCUGGAAGUGGAGCAGCUCUUCCCGACCUAGGUACAUGUUCAUUUAUGGAAUAUUUCUGUGAUGCCAGGAAAUGCCAAACGCACUUUUUUAAAGGACUCCAGAAAGACCCUAAUGGAGAUUGCAGGUACAGUAAAGUUUAUAACAGUUAGAACCUUGAAAUAUGCUGUUUUCAGUAAGUCUUUUCUCUCAAAACACGCAUAACUCACCCCAGUUUAAAGUAAGUCACCAUACCCAAUUAAGAGUAAAAGGAAUGCUGGCCUUCAAUUCUAGAAAUAAAUAACUUUUUCUGUAUCAAUUUUAACGCAAAUUUUUACCUUCUACAUUCCGACAGCGCCAAGUUUAGCGAACUGACCAGAUGCGUGAUUAAGACGGUUGAUAUUUGUGCUGGAGAUGUACUGCCCCAAAGCCAGAUCGAGAGCAUUGUUCACAAAAAAUUCCAAGAAACUACCUUUUGUUUAAAAGGAGGAUCGAAUCCGGUAACCUCGGUGGGCUCGCGAUGCAGGAGUUCGUACAGCACUGAUGCAAACAACUGUUUGAGAACCUUCCAUCAAACAUUCGCUGCGGACAAGUCGGAUCCUGAGCUGUGCUCGUAAGUUGAGCAAGAACUUAGUAACAAUGGCGUGCCCUUUAGUUUUAACUGAACUUAAACGUACCGCAUGAUGAAUAAGGCAAGGUUCAAUUUGACCUGUUCCAUCCCCCCCGGGCAAUCCCCCGUAACAAGCCCAUCUCUUCGGGCCCGGGGUUGGGAAAUUGUUUGAGGCGGUCCUGUCCCAAAAGUAGGGGGUGGGGCAAAUCAAAAAUAUCUUCCCUUUGAUUUUGCCAAGCUCGCGCGGUUCACGAUGGCUGCGGACCUCAAGACUACGUAUUUUUAAAGAAAGACGCAGGAACUUCUCAGAGUCUGUAUUUAAAGGUCUGUAUUUGAAACGAAUGUGCGUGUGAUACGUACUCGAAUGGAUUUUAAUUCUUGGAAAAGAUGGACAGAAAGUAUGUCUUCAGCCUAGCUUUAAUGAAAAGAAAACUUAUAUGAAAACGGAUACAAGGCGUUUGAUAUAAAGAUAAACAGAGAUUCAGUCCAGUGAUCUUAUGAAGUGUUCUAUCAAGAGAGUCUCAAUGACGUUAACCGAUAGGCGUAAAACGGCCAAAAAUUUAGUCGAUAGCCGUAAAAAUUGAAAAAUUUUAACCGUUAACCGUAAAUAGGGUCAACAAGAGUUAACCGUAAAAGAAAUUGUUCCCUAUGAUUUGUUAAUUUUAAGGAAGGUGCUAAACUCACUAAUGGUUGCGUUUUUUUUUAUUUCCCGGCUACUUUGACUCCGUAUGCACGUUAGGCCAAGCGCCUUUUAGUUGCUGACAAGCUGGACCCAUGCUCCAUUUCCGCCGCUCUCUCGGGGAACUAAUUUUUUCCCUAGCGAAAAUCUGGCUUCUUGCUGGGAAUUAAGAGGCUGUCCGCGUAAGGACCGAUAAGGCAAAUUUUGGUCUAUCACGGAUUGCCCUGAUUUUUCCAGUGGAAGAUAACUAUCCUAUCCCAUGAAGAAAUAUCACAUUUAUUUGGACCAACUCAAUUUUUUCUCUAUUUUACAGAAAGAUUUUCUUGGUCACCUAAAACUAGCCAGUUUGCCGUCGGAAGUGGUGCGAUUUUAAGGAAACUUUAGGGCUCUUGCAAACCUACCUUACAUAGCCGAAUAAGCUGAUUAUUUUACACACAAAUGUUUUAACUCUGAUUAAUAGUUUCAAGGUUUAAUGGUUACAUUCUGUGGAAAGUUGGCUGAGAUAUGAUUUUUUUAAAAUGACCUUUAAUUUGCUUAUCGGAAAAGUAAUUUGCAUAACUAGAGCUGAACGGUAAUUUCGCAAAAGUGGCACCUGACCCAGACUCAAGUCUAUGAUAAAACAGAAGUACUAAGACCAGUCUACUUCUUAAUGCAAUAAAAUUUGUGGGCACUCCUCUUUGCGUGCUGUACAAAGUUCCGUUAAUGUUCCAAAAUUCGCCAUUUUGACAGCAAAGCUGGAAUUGUAACGGUCUGCAUCUGGUCGACUAAUUUCCACAGCUUUAACGUUUCUAGUUAUCACUAACUGUCAGUAGACCCUUUAAAUAUUGGACUUUCGAAAACAUGUGGAGAAAACUUAGUAAUCGCUUUUUCUUGGUUUUUUUCUUGUCGACGAUGAACGUGACUUCACUCUCCGUAUGCAAAUUAGCCUCAGAUGCGUCGUUUCAACAACUUGACAUGAAACAUAAUCCUUACAUUUCAUAUUUCUAAGGAGAAAAAUAACUCUCCUUUCCACAGAAAAACACGAACCAUCACUUAGAAUCCCCUUAAGGUCUGUUUUUUUUUUGUUUGUUUAACGAGGAAGAAGCAGCUGAAUAAUAUAUCAUGAUAUACGUUUGCGUGGCUUAAAAUAAUUCAAUUACUGAGGCCUGUCACGCAUUCCUAACGAGGGGCGGUCGAUUAGAAAACAAUAGCGUUGAAUCGAUCAAUUUUAUUAUAUUAUUCUCUUUUUUUAAAUGGUAGUUAAUGAUAAUAAUUAAAAAUAAGAGUUAUCUUGCAAGGUAAGUCCUCUUGUCACCACGAUAAAAUUUGUGGGCACUCUUUUUUGCUUAUCAGAUGUUUGUACACGGCACUAUGAUUAAAAAAAAUGCCCCACACCUUUUCUAUCUAAAUCCAUGUAUAGCUUUGCAAAAGGCAAAUUAGCUGUAAAUUUCAGUUUCAUUCAAAGAUCUUUAAAGCAUUUAUCGGUAGCAGAAUGAAAGGGGAAAAGGGAUUAUCUCAGUUUUUAGUUUUUGUUAGGGUCAGGAGCCUAUGGGCUCCUGUUAGGGUAUAACAUCCGUAUUCCCAAGAUGAUCUUGUUUUGGUUUCAAUCUAAUUGAAUUAUAAUGCAACAGGUGCCAGUUUCAAAUAUAAUUAUGUCAAUGAAAUCACCAAAGAGAUCAAUUGUUAAAAGAGCUGUUCUUUUCGCGAGAUCGUCAAGACAGAGUGUGGUCCCAGUAGGGGUGUGGAGGGAAAUGUGUUGGUCGCAGAGUGCAUGAAUGAUAUUACGUCGCACUUAGCCAGCUGUCACUUGCCUAAGUGUAGCAAAGUCAAUGACUAAAUGAACUCAUUUCAGCGACAGUGUUUGGUAGGUAUUCGGAACUGAAAUGACAAUCUGCCCGAGGCACAGACACUAAUAGCCUGUGUACCAUCCUCCAUCCCUUAGGAAAAAUCGGAGAAGGGGCCCCUUCUCCGAAGGGGUCGGGGGGUGGUGUGUACACAGGCUAACACUAACAUGACAAUCUGCCCAAGGCACAGACACCUCCUUGGUAGGUUUUUGCGAGCGCCAAGGUCUUGUUAGGCUCGAUUGUAAGCCGCUGUGCUGGAAAAUGAGCCCCCAAGGGAUUGGGAGACGGCGGAAAUCGAGCCUAAGGUCUUGUCAAUACCCCGGUCACACUCUGGAUCAUACUGGCAAAAUAACUACUGUGGCAGGAAAUAAGUCAAAGUUUUGCUGCAUCAUGUAAGUAUCAUUCUUUUUUCUUCUUCACGCAAAAAAUUUCUAAACGUACAGAGAUAUUCUUAUUUCUCCAUUUAACAUUUUAUCUUGCGAUGUUUUCUGAUGUUCGUUUCCAGUUUAGUUGAGCUUGCAAAGAUAGUUUAUUUAUUUCUAUUUUUUGACAGCCGUGUAUCUUGCUUUAAUCAAUUCUCACCUAUAAAAUACUAUACAUAAAGGUUAAUCCGUGUGUUGUAGAAGAUAGUUUUCUGAUGAUUGUUUGAAGAGCAUUGUAAAUGGGGAAAAAAGAAAGAACUUUCUACACGGAGUCAGGAUUCAACCUCGUCCCCAGGGCUUUCCCGCCCCUGCCAUUUUCAAAGAGGAAUGUCCUUGGGACGUGUGUGAAAAGUAUUUCAUUCUUGCAAUAAAAACAAUCUUUUUUAACUUAAACAGUGUUUAAAACAUGUCUCUGGUUUUGUAAAAAUUAGUGAGACUUAAAAGUACCAGAAUGUUCAGUUCAACUUUAUAUAGCCGAUUUGCUCCUCCUGUGCGCAAGAAACGUGAAAAACUUGACGCCAAAGGGUCGAGAAGAGUACGAUUGAGCAGUCAGCAACCAUGUCCACACCGUUGCCGGAGAUUUUUAUUGGACAAGAUUUCUCCGUUUUUCUUGUUUUGAUAACGUUUCCAUUAAGUCUUCAAAAAUGCCUCCAGAUUGCUGUUUUUUUUUUGUAUUUAUACCCUCUUGAACAAUGUGCUCCAUCAAAGUGCUCCUCCCAUCUCUCUAUUUUUAACCUACUUUACGAUCCACCCUCUCUCCCUCCGGUUCCACCUCUACUUUUACAAGCAUUUAUACUUAAAGGGUGAAAUUUCUCCUCUGUAUAUUAAUUCCUGAAAAAUUAAGUCCUUCUACUUUUUCCUGAAAUUCUUAAACUUAGUUCUUUUUCCUUUAAGAACCACUAAAGGUGCUGCUAAGGCUGCAAUAAGCGCACUCGCCCUUUCAUAUACUUCAUCUAGUGAAAUGCCUACCCUUUCAUAUACCUGAAGCCUGAAAAAGAUACCCCUUUCGGGCGGAGCCUCCCCGUAUAGCCCAUUAUAGGGAGUUUCCCCCACCCCAAUUCCGUGCUCACCCAUUGCCAGCCCAUGUUGGACUCUAGGCCCGUUUGAGUCAACACCUAAACACAGUCCUAAGUGUAAUUACAAUAAGGCAAUGGACGAAAUAACCAAUGUAAUGAACUUGAAUAUACAUUGAACUUGACUAUAGAGAUCUGCAGCAAGAAGACGAGGUGUUCGAAAGGCAAAAGCUUGUUGCAGAAAUCGCUCAAGAAUAAUUGAGACCACAACACCCUCAAUCAGAAGCUUUCAACCUAUGUAUAUGUCAAAGAAAGAUCAACCAAGCCAGUUCAACGUGGUAACAGAGCCGUAGGGCAGCUGCCUCCCCUGGACCUGUUGAGCCAGACAAAUCAAGUCUGUGGAUGGAUUUGUUUUCUUUAGACUCAGUUAUGUUGAUUAUAGUGCAAUUGAUUGCCAUUUUCAUCGUCGAGGUUGAUUUUUCGGAGACAUAUCUCAUGACAAGUGCUGAAAAUAGCAUUUCGGAGCCUCCAAAUUUGAAAUUUUUUCUAGGGGAGGACACCCCCAGACCCCCCUACAAGGCUCGUGCCUUCGGCUCUCGCGAUAAUGCCCCUCGUUACAAAAAAACCUAGCUACAGCCCUGGGUAAUGCUAAACAAAAUAAGUUGUGUCACUUUAAAAUACCAUUCAAAUCCAGGGAAAGAAAAGGAGACCUAAUUUACAAACUUUCGUCUUUCAUUCACUGAGAGCACGUGCUUUUCUCCAUCAGCUCAGUAGUAAACAUAGACAACAUAGGGAUCCUUAAUUUAGUGUGAUUAACAGCCGGCAAAAACUUUUGGGUUUUAACAGGAGACGGACCGUAAACAAAAAACUAUGCCUUUUUCUUUUCUUCCAAGUGACUACUUUUUGGUUAAUUGUCGUGUAUUACACCAUGGGCCGUCAUAUUAAUCCUAGUGGCGCCCUGUGACUGACUGACUCAGUUAAAACGGUCGUAGAAUGAAUAAAUACAACAGCACGGUAUUUCCCACCCAGUAAAGAAUCGGAAUUAACAGUGAUUAAAUUGUAAGAUUAUCAAUAACUAUCACCUUAAAAAAGAUAUAAUAAGAUAAAAGAACUGAUCGAUACACGGUCACUCUGGCGGAAUGCGUGACGAGCCACAGUAAUUAAAUUAUUUUUGAAAUUCGCGUAAACAUUUCUUCUUCUGCUGCUUCUUCCUCGUAAAAGAAACAGACCCAAGGGGAUUCUAAGUCAUACAUCGUUCGUGUUUUUCCGUAGAAAGAAGAGUUAUUUUUCCCUUAAAAAUAUGAAAUACGAGUAUUAUAUUUCCUGUCAAUUUGUUGAAACGACGCAUCUAAGGCUAAUUUGCAUACGGAGAAUGAAGUCAUGUUCAUCGUCGACAAGAAAAAAAACCAAGAAAAAGCGAUUACCAAGUUUUCUUCACAUGUUUUCGAAAGUCCAACAUUUAAAGGGUCUCAUGACAGUUAGUGAUAACUAGAUAUGUUAAAGUUGUGGAAAUUAGUCGACCAGAUGCAGACCGUUACAAUUCCAGCUUUGCCGUCAAAAUGGCGAAUUUUGGAACAUUAACGGAACUUUGUACAGCACGCAAAGAGGAGUGCCCACAAAUUUUAUUGCAUUAAGAAGUAGACUGGUCUUAGAGGGUCUUAAUGGGGUUAACCGAUAGGCGUAAAACGGCCAAAAAUUUAGUCGAUAGCCGUAAAAAUUGAAAAAUUUUAACCGUUAACCGUAAAUAGGGUGAAAAAGAGUUAACCGUAAAAGAAAUUGUUCCCUAGAUUUGUUAAUUUUAAGGAAGGUGAUAAAAUUCACUUAUGGUUGGGUUUUUUAAUUUCACGGCUACUUUGACUCCGUACGCACGUUAGGCCAAGCGCCUUUUAGGUGUUGACCUAGACCCAGGCUCCAUUUCCGCCGCUCACUCGAAGAACCAAGUUUUUUCCAUAGGGAAAAUCUGGCUUCUUGCUGGAGAUUAAUGUUUGAGAUUUUAAGGAGGUCGUGCCCUCGAAAUUGAAACAACACGCAGAGAUGUCACUGUUUGUAAAACACGUUGCUGAUAAACAACAAUUCCCUGUUUUUCUCUGACGCUACGGUAGACAUUGCCAUGCCUAGUCCCUGUAUGGCGUCUUCCCACGCAAUCUCGGUCAAGGCAUUUCGGUGGCAUACCUGAGGAAAAAAAAAACUCGCUCGGACCACGUGACCCGGAAUGCAUUAGCCGCGCGGAAUAAUGAGGCCUACGGACAAGUCACGGCAGACAGUCGUUGUGUACAGUCCUUUCUGUAUCAUUAAAAACACUGGACACGGAAAUUUUGUCAUUGGCCGUUUUCACAUUAGAGCUAGAAAAUGGAUCAUCCGUCUGAGACUAGCCUGUGUACACAGUCGCCCCCUUCCCCACAGACACCCCUUUUCCGUUUUUUUCUGAGGAGAGGGGGCGGCUGUACACAGGCUAUCUGGAACGGGUAAUCCAUCUUCAAACUAUCCAUCAAACUUGGCGGAUAAAGUCAGGCGGAUUGUUCAUUCAAAAUUAAAACCAUUCCAUUUUCAAAUUAAGACGUAUUACCUAUCUGACGCGAAUUAUCAAACGGAUAACCUGUCUCGCUCGAAUGAUCCGUCUCUAGUGUGAAAACGGCCAUUUCUGUUAUAAAUGAAUUCGCGCCCCCGGCCUUGAGUUGAGCGUUCGCGUGUCUGCUUUUGCUUUUUCAAAAAGAUUAUUUUUAUAUUGUCUGUUGACAUUUCUAUGCGUAAAAUAAUAUUAGAAGUGGAAUACUGUAUGAAGUAUGAUCUAUUAAAUGUUAAAUUUUUUCAAAAGAAUAGCUUAUUUCACCCCAAGAUGAUUCUAAGACCUUUAUUUUGCUUUAAAGUUAGAAAAAAUACAGGUUUAUUAAUAAUUAACUCUUUGAAACAAAAGAAAUUAAUUUUUAACCUUUUUUUAACCGUAACUGAAAAAACUUAACCGAUAGCCGUAAAAGAGCCGAAAUUUUAGCCGAUAACCGUAAAAGCCACCACCCCAUUGAGAACCUCGUCUUAGUACUUCUGUUUUAUCAUAGACUUGAGUCUGGGUCAGGUGCCACUUUUGCGAAAUUACCGUUCAGCUCUAGUUAUGCAAAUUACUUUUCCCGAUAAGCAAAUUAAAGGUCAUUUUAAAAAAAUCAUAUCUCAGCCAACUUUCCACAGAAUGUAACCAUUAAACCUUGAAACUAUUAAUCAGAGUUAAAACAUUUGUGUGUAAAAUAAUCAGUUUAUUCGGCUAUGUAAGGUAGGUUUGCAAGAGCCCUAAAGUUUCCUUAAAAUCGCACCACUUCCGACGGCAAACUGGCAAGUUUUAGGUGACCGAGAAAAUCUUCUUGUAAUACAGAGGAAAAAAUGAGUUGGUCCAAAUAAAUGUGAUAUUUCUUCAUGGGAUAGGAUAGUUAUCUUCCACUGGAAAAAUCAGGGCAAUCCGUGAUAGACCGAAAUUUGCCUUAUCGGUUCUUACGCGGACAGCCUCUUAAUAUUUGCUAUUUUCAGAGGGUCAUGCCCUCGAAAUACCAGUGAAACAACACGGAGAGAUGUCACUGUUUGUAAAACACGUUGACGAUAAACAACAAUUUCCUGUUUUUCUCUGACGCUACGGUAGACAUUGCCAUGUCUAGUCCCUGUACAUAGUCUUCCCACGCAAUCUCCGUCCAGGCAUUUCGGUGGCGUAUCUGAGAAAAAAAAUUCGCUCGGACCACGUGACCCGAAACGCAUUAGCCGCGCGGAAUAAUGAAGCCUACGGACAAGGCAACGGCAGACAGUCGUUCUUUACAGUCCUUUGCUAUCAUUAAAAACACUGGAAACGGGAAUUUUGUAAUUGGUCGUUUUCACAUUAGAGCUAGAAAUGGAUUAUUCGUCUGAGACUAACAACAACAACAAUAUACACUUAAUGUCAGAUCCCGAGGGAAACAGUUAGUUUUGUUUUCCCGAGAGUCCUGAAACAUCAGGACUCGAGGGAAAACAAAACUAACUGGUUUCCCGAGGUUUUUCGGUUUUUGUUGCAAAAGACUUCGGUUUUUCGGUUUUGGUGGUCAUUUGCGGAUUUUUCGUUUUUUAGCGUCUGGUUUUCGGUUUUCGUGAAAAAUACUAGCGGUUUUUCGGUUUUGGUACCCGAUGUGGUUUUUCAUAUAAUUUUCUCUUUGGUGCAAGGUCGCGAUAUGGAAGGGCAGUGAGGUUCAAUAAUCGACUGCUGUUUUGCGUAUCUGUUUAUUACCACAUUAAACCUUAGAGCAAGUUCCUGCUGCCAUGUAAAACUGAAAACGAACUAAUUGUACCGGUUAGCUUCCUCAGUGUCGACUCAGCUCAGUGCAAUCGCAUGUUAGACAAUCGAGUCUCCAAACUUUCAGGUGUUAGUUAUCAAAUGGAAAUGUUCGAUUAGAGAUUUUCGAUUGAAGUUUCCAGAGCUAUAGCUUUUUGCGACUGCAAAAUUGCAAUUCUAAAGAGGACUUGUGUGCAAAUUCUCCUAAGUUAACUAGGCUCCAUUACUAGCGGUCCUAGCGGCUUUUCGGAAAUUGAGCCGCAAAGUCUGGGCUGGAGAGAGCGGCAGAAACAAAGCCUAUGAGCAGACACAAAAAGAUGCGAAGGCUUCAGACAAAGUCCAUGACAUUCACAAAUACUUUGGUGAAAUUAGUGUUAGUUUAGUUUGCUCUGUAUGCCCCACUUGUCACCAUUGUAUCCGUUUUUGACGGUUUUGUAUGCGGUUUUCGGUUUUGGCCGAAUUUUUUUGCGGUUUUGCGGUUUUGGAUGAUUUUUUUCUUCGGUUUUGCGGUUUCUAAUAUACCCCAAUGCCCCCCUCCUUAAUUUACAAUAUAAUAUAUUAAUACAAAAAAAGGUCACAUUUACUCAGAAUAACUAAAAAGCUAAUCGAGCUGAGUAAAGCUAAAUAAUGUUCAGGCAUAAGAGGUAGGUUGGCACUAAAGCUAGAACAACAAGGAAUUAGUAAAUAGAUAAAGGGAAAAAAAGGAAAAAGGAAAAAAAAAGACUCACGAACAGUAAGACUGUAAGAUGUUUGACAUGACUUUGUUUUUAAAGGAUUUAAAGGGGGAGGUGUUUAAUGCUUUCAUCAAGGUUAUUCCAAACUUUUACAGCCGCAAAGCGAAAGUUGAAGUUACCUCAUAAGUCUUCAGCUUUGCGUCCAAGAUGGAUGACAAGAUGGCCGUCACUUUGAAUUCUAAGAUUUCAUCCAAAAUGGAUCUCAACAUCGCCUCCAUUUUAGUUUUUUCUUGCUCCAUCUUAGCAGUUUACCAUUCUGGUACAGUAGGUAAAUAAGAGACAACGAAAAAGUACGAAAAAAGUUAACUAUAAAAGUAAAAUUAACAGAGCUGAGAAAAGCAGGCCAUGCUCGCAUGACAACCGCUGACCAAUCUCACAACCGCUGACCAAAACACUAGCCUGUGUACAGUCGCCCCCUCCCCGACAGACACCCCUUGUCCUAUUUUUUCCGAGGGGAGGAAGCGGCUGUGCACAGGCUAGACACAUUGGAUUAUGCAAAGCUGAUCGUACUACGUGAAAAUUAACUUUGCAAGACAAAAACACGACACCGAAAGAACCCAAAACAGAGCGGGGUGGUAGCCGUAAACAUCUGUUUGAAUGUCAAUUUUGUACACUGGCUAUCUGAAACGGAUGAUCCAUCUUCAAACUGUCCGACAAAAUUGACGAAUAAAGUCAGGCGGAUUGUUCAUUCAAAAUAAAAACCAUAUGUUCAAUUUUCAAAUUAAGACGUGGGACCUAUCUGACGCGAAUUAUCAAACGGAUAACCCGUCUCACACGAAUAGUCCGUCUCUAGUGUGAAAACGGCUAUUUAUGUUCUAAAUGAAUGUCGCGCCACUGGCUUGAGUUGGGCGUUCGCGUGUCUACUUUUGCUUUUCACAAAGAUUAUUUUUAAAUUGACUAUUGGCAUUUCUAUGCUUAAAGUAAUAUUAGAAGUGGAAAACUUUAUAUAAAGUAUGCUGGAAAUGUCGUUAAAAUUUUUCAAAAGAAUAGCUUAUUUCAUCCGUAGAUGAUCCUAAGACCUUUAUUUUAUUUUAAAGGUACAAAAAAUACAGGUUGAUUAAUAUUUAACCCUUUGAAACCAAAGAAAUUAAUUUUUAACUUUUUUUUAACCGCAACUGAAAAAAAUUAACCGAUAGCCGUAAAAGAGCCAAAAUUUUAGCCGAUAACCGUAAAAGCCACCACCCCAUUGAGACCCUCUAUCAAGGAGGCGCUUUUUUUUUGUAGUUUUUCUUCUUCGUUUUCACCCAUUAUCCUUCUCUCAAUAAACUCUGGAAAACGUUUAUAAAAGUUGUGAAAAGGUUUCGUUUUGCUUUUGUACGGGGGGUGGGGAAUAUACCGCCAAGAAAGAGGAAAACUGCAGAUUCCCGCGGUUAUGCCCCGGGAGGGCAUGGCUACAAGUCAAAUUGAACCAUGCAUAAGCCUUUCAUUUCUCCAGGGGCACCUAACGACUUUUUAGCAAUUAUUGAACAAGUCUGAGUAGGAUAUGAAGAAUUGUGCAAAAUUAUUUAAAGUUUAAAAACAAGCCAAAGCAUGCUUACCUAGGUCGAUGUUAAAUUCAUAUCGAUAGUGCACUUUUGUCGGGAAGUUUAGGAGGUAAAGGACUGAUCAGGUCUGCAAAUAUACUCCAAAUAACUUAUAUCGUCAGUGGAGUUGUCUUCUUGCUGUUCUUGCCAUGUUCGCGCUCCCCUAAAAACGCCUGCGUGGGAAGCUAAAAAACACACUGAUUACGACGUAUACUUCCUAGUGAAAGUAAAUAUCAACAUAAUAUCAGUAACUAACGUUUCAUUUGUAGACCUUUGAAAAAAAAAAUAUCUUUUUGGUACUCCGCAAAAUCUCAUUGGUUCCUAGCAUCAACUCAUAGUACCUGCAUUCAGACUCUCAAAAUAGAUUUAAAAAGUUAAUUUAAAACUAAACAGGAUAAAAUAGGCAGGCUGGCACUGCAUAAAGGAAUCUGGGGCCCGAUUCUUGAACUAUCCGGAAAUGUUUCAGUCCCGAAGGCAAAUAUUAAAAUCAAAACCUGUUGAAUAGUAACAAUACAGUUCCUAGACCACAAACUCCUCCAGGGGGUACUUGGAUUAAUUUUUGCUGGGUAUGUGCUGCUGGCCUGGACAAGACAAGACAAGACAAGACAAGAGACAAAACAAGACAAGAGACAAGAGACAAGAGACAAGACAAAAGACAAGACAAAAGACAAAAGACAAGACAAGACAAGACAAGACAGUAUAUCGACUUUAUUCAAAUAAUAUAAUAACUCAGCUGAUGUCACACUGAAGUAACUUAAUUGCUCCGUACUGCAAAAGUGUUUUCAGAUAAUCAAAACUUCAGAAUGCGAAAUGCGUAAAUUAUUUAUUCCUUCUACUCUUUUGUUUGUUUCUUUUGUUUUGUUUUGCUUUGUUUCUGCUGUUUAGUAGCAUGACAACGUUAUUGCUGUUACGUGUUGCUUCACGCUAAUAGUUUAGAAAUUUCUUAGUACUCAAUUCCUGAAAUACUUUUUAAUUAAGCAUUUUUUACUUGGGUUAAUUGAUUUACUCAGUGUGAGAUGGCAAGUGAAGGGGUGGGAACUGGUACCCUUAAAAUCCCACCCUCCCCGACCUCGCUCCCCACCACCCCCACCCCCUCCCUUCCCGCCCUUCCAGCACCAACCUGAAACUGAACCAUUGUCUAUUUUGAUUUUGACAGGGAAUACGCCAAAGCAAAGAAGUGCUUGAAGAACCUGGCAGCGUCCGGUUGUUCCUUUUCAUCUAGUCAACAGGAAUUGCUAGACUUGGGUGUUAGUGACUACAAUCCUUUCUGUGAAAACAAUCGGGAUCCUGGGGCGACGGGAAAUGAUCAAUGUUUUGGAGUAAAGGAACUCAACAACCCCUUUCAUUCCUCUAGUCCGACCAAAACUGAUAAUUUGCAGGCUGUACUGGUUCUUGUUUUAGUGCUGUUGUUUAUUAUCUAA